CAUAGAGAAGCACAGAGGGCUGGGAGGGCUUAGAUGUGUUUGAGACACCAAGGCUGUGGGAUUCUGCCUGGCUCUUGCAAGGGAUUAUCAGCAAACUGGAGACUUCAACUGGAUCCUGAACCUCAUGAGAACUGCAAAUAAGAAACUGGGGGAUAUCUGGCAGUCUGUUUAGGAACUCACUCACUAGCUGAGUGUUACUCUCAGCAAGCUUGUUGUGAGCCAAGUUCUUGGAACUCUAGGACCUGUCAGCAAUGAAUGAGGGUUUGGUCACUGGCUUUUGCUGUAUUGCAUAUUUUAAUAUACAACAAUAAGAUGCUUUGCAGGUGCAAAUAAGGGGAGGUUUAUUUGUCACCCCCCCCAAAAAAAAAAAACCAAAAACCUCCAGCUUUUAUCCUUGAAGACCAUGGCCAAGCAGGUCCUGAGCCAAGGAGGAUCUGCAGAAGAUCUGAGCAAGCUUUCAGAUGAGGAGCUUAUGAGGUGGAGCAAGGAGGACAUUGUGAAGAGGCUGAGAAAAGUGGAGACUGAGAAGAUAAAUCUGAUGGUGGAGCAUGGGAACCUGAUGAAGGAUGUGAACAGGAGGCUGCAGGUCCACCUGCAUGAGAUCAGGGGAUUGAAGGAGGUCAACCAGAAACUUCAGGAUGAUAACCAGGAGUUGAGGGAGCUGUGCUGUUUUUUGGAUGAUGACAGGCAGAAAGGCAAGAAACUGGCUAGGGAAUGGCAGAGGUUUGGGAGGCACACUGCCAGUGUCAUGUGGAAAGAGGUCGGGGCUUACCAGCAGAAGCUCAAGGAGCUGGAACUAAAGCAGGAGUCCCUCGUGAGAGACAAUCUGGAACUCAAGGAGAUAGUUAUCAUGAUGGAUGAGGAGAGGAACGGUGCUGGGUCCAGAAGCUCCAUUGAUAGUCAAACCAGUUUGACUAAUUUGAAUGGGGGGUCUGGCACUAGAGAUGUAGGAGAUGGAAGUAGCACAUCCAGCACGGGCAGUGCAGGAAGCCCUGACCAUCACCACCACCACAUCCCUCACUCUAAACCACUGGAGAACAAAGCUGGCACUAUCAGGAGGUCUGCAGAUGACUUGACCACCCAACCUCACCACAGGAGUAUCCCUAAUGGUCUUAAUGGUGAGUCUAUCCUGCUCCUUUUCCAAUCACUCUUUUAGGCUUGUUACCCUGGUAAUCAGAGUUGUAACUUCUCAGGAACAAAAUAACGCUGUCGUUAAGAUACCAUGCGGGGUAGAUGGGAGAUCAGUUGUACUAAAUGUUUUUAAAUAAAUAAAUGUGUAUGUAUAUAUUUAUUUUAACGGUAUUAUUGUUGUAGCCUGGAGGAAAAAAAAUGUUUAUUUAAAAAUAAACAAAAGCAGGAAGAUGUUGCAUUUGAAAGUGACAGCAUGUACAUUUUUGUUGUGUUUAAUUAGCAUAACCUAACCUCCUUAAAUGCAUGGGGUUUUUUUGUUUUUAUUGGGCAAGGUUUAGUAUAUAGGUCAAUUUAUUUGUACAGCACUGAUGAAUAUUUUGUCUUUUUGUGUGUAAAUGCACAAUUUCUAACCGUACAGAGGAAAUUCUUAUAAAUGUGUUCUAAUGGACAUAGCAUUAAUAUCUGUUGGUUUCUAUAGCAAUUACUUAAUUAUAUUACUCCAUUUUCCACACACCUGACAAUCCUCCAUGUUGUAAGUAUGUACUAUGUUUUGUGUAUGUGGUGUCACAUUAUCUACCUGUCAUGUAUUAAAUCUGGGUUUGCCUGGAAAACCAAGAGCGUUUCGGAAUUCAGGAGUUUGAAUUGUGAUAAUUCAUUGGAAGGGUUAAUGUAUAAGGAAUUUAUAAUUUGAAAAGUUGGGAAAGUGGAGCGGUUGCCAUGGAAAUCAAUGAAAUGUUACUGCUGAUUGAUCCAACUUUUGCCUCCAGAAUUGCUCUCAAUAAAUAAUUACAAUUUAUUUAUAUAGCGCCAACAUAUUCUGCAGCGCUGUACAAAACAUGAUUGACAUACUGGAACAGUUGGUAAAUGGGGCCCUGCCCCAACAAGCUUGCAAUCUAAAACCUCCGUCCCGACUAUAAAGGAAGGGGUUCUCAGUGAUUUUCAAAUUUAAGGCUAAAAUAGCGAAACUGGAAAAGUCAGCUGUGCAUCUAGUUCGGCUACUAUGGACUUAAAUCCCCGACAAUAUUCACUUUAGUGAAUAAAUCGGUUUUAUUUGAUGUAACAGGAUGGAGUAGACUCCUUUUGCUGUCUGAAGGUAGCUUAACAGUUGCUUCUGUACUAUAAAUCCCCAAAUCAUUAGUCGGAUCAUGGCAGGUCAAAUACUGGCUGAUUGUCAUGGGAGUUACCAUUUUUAAAACGUAACUGUUGCUUAUUCCUAUGCAAAGGCAACAGUUUUAGUAAAUGUUCUGUUUAAAGAUAUCCCAUACUGUAAUCAAAGACUUCAUACAUUUCUGUAUUUGCAACUUCUGCUGGGCAUCUCUCCAAUGGAUGUACUACUCCUGCUGCACUGUAGUGAAAUGCAUUCUCUCUUUACCCAUUAGAUUACCACCUGAAAACUCCAGAUCAUGGCACCUUGUUGGAACUUUAAAAAAAAAUAAAUCAAUAUUUGCACAAACAAAAGUCUGCUUGCAGAUUCUAAAACCAGUUGUGGAUACAGGGGAGGGUGUUCCAGCAAAGGUGGUAGAGGCUUUUAAUUAACCAUAAAGGAAUUACCUGGGAUUGGCAUAAGGCUGAUCUGGCUCAGAUAUGCAGAGUGGCUUUUCUAUGCUGUCAAAUAUCCAUCUAUAUUCUGUCCUCCUGAGAUUUAGAGGGUUCCCCCCCCCCUUCUUUUUUGGGAGGGUCAUGUAUAAAAUCUUUGUUGAAGCACAGUUUUCCCAUCUCCUGUCUGAUCGUGUGGAUUUUUUUUCAGAGGUAAUUAGACAAGCUCAUAAAACAUUAAGUAUUCAUUCAGAAAUACUUGAUGUAUAUUAAAAUUCAAGCAGAUUUAGUGCCAUGCAAAACAUAAUACACAAACCAGAUUUGUAUGGAAGAACAUUAUUAUUCUUGUCUUCUGUGUGUAAACUUUUUGUUGCAUUGUUUAAGAUCAUAUAUGCUUCAGCUAUUGUGUAUUAACACAAAACUCAGAAUCGUAGCCAGUAAAUGCUUAUUACAGCCGACUUUGAUAAUUUUUCCAGAAUUGCAAUUUUUGCCUAAAUAUUGACAUUAUUUAAAUUACUACAUACUACAGUUUAGUGAAUAUCCCAGUAUGCGAUUUGUGAUUUUUAAUUUUAUUAUUUUUAUCCAGGGUUAAUGGAAAGAUUUUUUUUUUUCCGAUGAAUGAAUGGGUUUUCAGAGUAUACAGUAAAAAAAAAAAUAAUUGUGUCGUAAACGUGAGUAAAAAAUGUAUGCUAUCAGAGAGGUGCUGUUUAUAGCGUAUAUGUAAGGAUUUACCAAACUUUCAAUUGUAGUGGAUUGAAAAGUGAACAACAAUUUUUGGGCAGGAUUGACCAAGCUGCAACUAUCAAUGAGUAUUAGAGUUAAAACACUGUGUGUUUGUAUUUGCUCUCACAUUACACAUCUAUGUUACAUUGCUGCUUUCCACUCCAUGUGUACCCAUGUGCUACCCCUUACUUUCUCGCUAGAGAUAUUGCAAUUAGGUGAAAGUGACAGUGUGAAUUGUUGGCCUAGGACCAUGAUGUUGGCAGGUGAGCUGCUAAAUUUGCACAGGGAUUUUGGAGAGUGUAUGGGGAAACCUGCUUCCCCUAAUCUAUUUGCCCUACAUUUUUACAAUUCUGUUUCAAUUUCCCUUUUUAGUGCAUAAAACUCAGUGUUAAGGGUUAGGGUACCCCCAACCUCCAUUAUAAUGCUUUGGGUUGGAGACAAUUUGCCUGUUUGUAGUUAGAGGGUGAAAGCUACUGCCAUGUCUCAGGCUCUUGGAGAUAAUGGGCAGAUUCUCAUGCUGUUGGAGUGAAUUGACAGAUUUGCGGGAUGAAUGGUCAGGGUCUCUGGGUAAAUGGGCUGAUUUCCAUGACUUUAGGGCAAAUGGACACAACAGCGUGUCUGGAUGAAUGGGGUAGGUUCUUGGGGUGACUGGGCAGACUCUCCAACUCAGUCCUGACACAAUUUCUCCAUUGACUUAAAGGAACACUCAAGCACCACAACCACUGUAGUGAUUGUGGUGCUAGGAGUGCCCUGUCUAUGGUUCAAGGAUCUUACACUAAGCACAGUUCCAAAGGUUGUAUGAUUAAUAAUUAACCCUUGCCAUUGUUUAUAAUGCCUGCAUGCUGUAUCUGCUGGUAAGGUGAUAAUUCUAUAGGUAGGAUUCAAACUUCCGUUGUAGUGACAGAGGUCACGUACACUGUACUACUUAUUUUUUGUAGAGGAGGUAGUUCCCUUUGCUGGAUUUAGUUAUCGAAGGUGCGCUGUGUGACAGAAUGGGUGGAACUGCAUCUUUUAAAGUUGUGGAGUACAGGGUUAAUUUACUGGAGGUUAUGUUUGAGGGUCACAUGACAAGCUGGGGUGAAUAGUUUUCCAGGAAACACCAUGCACCAGCCUAUAGGACAUCAUAGGAGAGCUUGGGGUUGUACAUGUAUAAUAUGCAGGUGCAAUGCAUGGAAUCCAGCUAGUCCAGUUGGGAAUAAAUACCUUUAUUGUAAUCGAUCCCCCAUGCAUUGCUUUCUGUACUGUAACCACCAGAUUUGUGUGUAAGCCAAGAUUAACACUUUGUGGCCUGGAGGGGAGAUGCCAGAGUAAAGAUUUAGUGUGUUGGAGCCAGGGUUAGCCCCAUAUGGAAGGAGAUGAAAACCAGAGGGCAAUUUUAGGACCUGAGGGAUAAGCAAAAAAAUCUGAUCUUUUGAGGGCUGGGGGGAUGAGGGGUAUAUGCUAUUGUGAUUUAAAAAAAAACAAUAACAAAGUAUUCUGUGUAAAAUAGGCGCUUAAGUACAAGUGAAUAAAACAGUAAAAAGAAAAAAAAUGCAGAUUCUACACUAAUGUAAAUCUCUCCCUGACGACUCACAAUCAAUCCUGAAAAAGGUAUACGGAGUGUCUUAAACUACCACCAAGUGCAUAUAGUAGAGCGCUAAAAAGCAUACUUACCCUUACACAAAAGGGGGUGUGGUAAACAGCAAAGACUAAACAAAAAAAAAAGGAACCAUAUGGUGCAAACUAGUCUAUAGGUAAGUAUAUUAAUCCACUAUAUUAACUCCUGUCAUGGCUGGACCUAUGACAAGAGUCUAGGUUAACGCUCUGAGGGGAAAAUGGGGACAGCUGGCGACUAUGGGUUUAGCCCUUUAAAGCUCAAGGGAUAUGGGCACAGCCUGUUAACCCUUUUGAGACAUGAGCAUAAAGAUUUGAUUAAUCGAUUGAGAUACUGAGAGAUGAGAGAACAUAAAUGGCUUAGUACAGGGCUUAAUGGGUGAACAUAAUGCUAGGGCUAAUCAUUUGUAAAGGGUUGUUACAUUUUGUUAAGGCAAAGCAGAGACUUCUUAUUAAUAUGAAUUUCUUCCGGCCUAUCUUGGGCCAUCCGGAGGUCCUGUUUAAUUGAAAAAUCUGUUAUAGUUGCUAUCAAUGGAUCCGGGUUAUCAGGAAAUAUAUUCUCAGCUGUUGUAGACCUACAACACCCAUGAUGCUUUAAUGUCCUUAAUAUCAGGAAUCAUGGGAGGUGUAGUUCUGCAACAGCUGCCAAACCAUGACAAGUCUUUAGGUUUAGGUUUAGUGGUUAGUAGGAUGUGCUUUCACCCCACACACACACACACACCCCCCUUUUUCAUUUUAUUUAUUUUUUUAUGCUACUUUCUAGAGAGGGAUGCAAUUGUAACCUAUUCUACCCCGAAGGAUGAGUUUUUUUUUUUUUUUGUUUUUUUUUGUCUUUGGUUUUUUAAUUUAUUUUUAUUUAUUUUUUUAUUUGGGGGCCGUUUUGAUCAUUUUGGAUGGGAGUUUACCGUAAGACCGAAGGAAAUGAAAAGUGUAGAGGAAAUUACUUUCACCAGAAUGCUUGUCAUGAGAUUUCAAAUAUCUUGCAUCGCUUCAAGGAAUGAAAUAUUUUACAUAGGUACAUGAAUGAAAUUUGUCAUAGAUCCGACUUGCUAAAAGGAAUUCCAAUAUAAGGGGAAACUUUUUUGUAGAGCAAACAGAUGUGUUUUAUUAUAUACAACUUUAACCUGUCACGUGCCAAAGUGCUGUCCUAUCAGUUGCAUUCCUGCGCGUAAACUAAUGGGGACCAUGUUUAACUUCACUGUUCUGGGUGUAUGGGAUCCCUUGUCUUCUGAAUUGAAAGGAUUAAUAAUGUGUCUUAUUUGAAAUAGUGUGGAAACCUAAAAUAAGAUUGAGAUAAAACAAAAAAAUAAAUCCUAAAAGGGUACCCCACUCCUUCAUUCGUUUUUUAUCCUGUUUUUAUCUUAUUUCUUUCAUUAAACCUUUCUGUUGACUUCUCUACCCAGUCUUUCCUAUGUAAUUUUGUUGGGCAUGUUGUAGUUAUUCAGAUUACAUUGCUUGUUUAAUACAGGUUCUGUGCCAUCUGAUUUUUAAUUUUUUUUUUUUAUUUGAUUUUAUAUCUGAUUUUUUUUUUAAUUAUGUUUUGUAUCUGUGCUCCUUGUCUAUUCCUAUGUCUGAUUCAUUCUGCUAAAACUUGUGAAAACUUUAAUAAACACUUUAAUUACAAGGUAUACAUCUUCUAAAGGGAAACUGUCACAUCACUGUUUAUUUUAUCUUAGGUUUACUUAACUUUUUAUUUUACAAAUCUGUUUCAGAGAAGUCUGAAAAAUAAAAUUUACUCCAACCCACUGUAGUGGUUACGAUGUUAUGAGUAUCCUGACCCUGUUUCCCAGUAGUGGGGCAAAGCAUUUUGCAAUGACUUGCCAUCUUACCUGGGCCCCCAAUUGCCACUGACACCUGACUUCUGUAGAGUUGCAGAAACCAGAAGUCGAUCAUGCUGGCCAUCCAGUAAAUGAUAGGGUCAGCUGACCAUUCUUAGCCAAUUAAUGCAUUUCAGCACAUGCAAAUAUGCACAGAAUUGACAUUGUCCCAGGCUGGCUAACGAUUCCCCUAUGACGCUCCCAGAGGUGGAGUUACACUUUUGGCAAAAAAGUUAUGUAUGUGCAGCGUUUCAGAGUGGAGUAACUUUUUUUUUUUAAAUGUUGAAAUUGCUGUAUUUAUCCUCAGCUGCCUCCAUCUCGGCUCUCUUUUUGUUAUUAUAAAUCCUGCCUUUUUCUAUCAUUGAACAUGGUAUAGUGAGGUGGAGCGAAGAUAAACCAACAAUGUUUUGGUGGCUUUUUUUUUUUUCCCUCCCUCCGAUGCAUUGUUUGCACUGGCUGUGCCUGAACUAAACCGGAUUCUGAUUUCAACUGCUAAAUCUUCAAUGUACAUUUAAAAGCUAGCGGGGCAUCACUUGAAUAAAAGGUUGACAGAAGUUUUAUAUGAUAUUCAGUGUAUUUUCUAUAAAAAAAAGUGCCAAUUCCCUUUCCUUCUCUUUACACUCUUGGGGUAACAUAAAUGGCAAGAUAUACUUGUGAUAGAAAAUCAACUUGACUUAAAGUUGAAGAGCCGACAGCUCAAUGUACAAAAGCUUUUGAACUUGUCAUUCCUGGAAGGUUGAAAUGCAGAUUAUAGCACAGCCCACAAUCAUUUCGGAUUCUUUAGAGAGUUGUCCUUAUAGAAAAAGGGAAAGCAAAACUAUUUGGCACCAGUUGGCUGUGAGUAAGCACAGGCCGAAGGUCGGCUAGCAACUUUGCCACCCUAAGGCUGUUAACCCUUUAGUACAAUCAGGGAAUUAUCGGUGCUUUGAAACCCAAAAAGGCUUGAGCAGCAUAAAACUAUCUCCCCAUAACUUCACAUCACAUGGAUGCCAAGAUCAAUUUGUCAGCAGAUCCAUAAUAUUUUAUUAAUGAAAAUAUCUGAUUGCUAUGCACAGUGGCAAAUGUAUAACUCAAAGUAAAUAUUUGUAUUUGUUUAUUGUUCGAUAUCGUGGGUUUUUUUUAAGAUGGAAGCUGGUUUUUAAUUUUUUAUUUAUUUUGUAAAAAUUUUUUUUUUUUUAAUUUUUUUUUUGUGAGUUAGCAUAGUGGACUAAAAUUCCAUUGACUUAUUCAAAUGCUGCAACAUCCCUGACAUUAACCCCUUAAGGAACAAACUUACAAACUUACAAACUGGAAUAAAAGGUAUCCCCUUCAGGGGUUAAAAUGGUUAAUACUAAAAUGUAUCUACUGGUAACGACAUGAUGUUGGCUGCUAUCCUGUAUAUGUUACUGGCAUCCUGUUACGUGUCUCCAUGCAGACAUAUUAAUUAUGGUUUUGUAUUUAGACAGGAGUUAAUCCUGAAUUAGGCCUCUCUGCUCUCACUGGCGUCGGAUCUCUUAUAAGUAACGCUCCUCGGCAUGCAGUGAGGACUUUAAUAUCAAUGUUGUGUGAUUCGUAAUGUGUUCUGUUGAAGAGGGCUUGUUGCAAAGUACUGACAGCAAACUGUCGCUAGUAAUUUUCAUUACUUUACUCUAACACACAUGUGCUCUUGGGUAGCUCCGGGGGAUAGUUUUGUUUUAAUAAUGAGUGUGUCACCAUGGUAACACUGAGGUUUUUCACAGUGCUAUGUAUUCCCAUAUAAAAUGACUUUGUCACCUUGAGUUGUAACUACAGAUGUUUUAAAAAUGUACAUCAAAUUUAGAUCAAAAGAAAUUUGUUUUUACUUCUCACAAUUUUAAGAAAAUGUUGCAGUAAAUCGAUCGAUUAUCAAUUUUUUAAAUCGGGGAGCUAAGAGGCUUACUUUUUGGCCAACCCAAUUUUCCAUUUUUAAAGUAUAUCUCUACAGAUAUCCAGUCAGUUUACCUAACUCCCUGGGCUGUAUUUUUAAGUAACAAGUUUGACUCUCCCUGACAUAAAUCAUUCCCUCCGUUAUACUUAAAUAAAAACUCUUGGCACAUUCAUUCCGUGCAGUGGUGACCCAUAUCUACUUCCCAGAGCACGUAAUAUUAUGCUCUGAGCGUGUCGGAGAACACUACACACAUUCCCUUUGGGAUUUUUAUUGAUCUCAUUUACAGCUCCAUCAUACUAAUCCCAAUCUUUAACCUGGUUUAUCCAUAAGCGCCAGUAGAUUAAAACAUUUUUUUUUAAUUUUUUUUUUUAUAGUGAUUCAAUUCUUUUGACUGUUUUUAAACAGUUAAUCAGGUCGUGGAAAAUGGCUGGAUCUAUGAUAUAGAGUUUUUACUUCUGCUAUAUCUGAAGUGUUGCUGUGCACUUAAAAGCUUUGGUGUUUAACGCCUUCUCAGAUAGUACAUUUUGUGGAUGGUGGGGAGGCAAUCCUUAAAUGUGGAGUCCGUAGCAGGGAGUUGGGGGAACUGUAUCUCCCCUCUGUCGUGCUAUUCUCUAUAUUGUAACAAGGUGCAUCAGAGAAGGAGCCUGCACGCCAGAGUGCCAGGUUUUUGUAUGUUGAAAUAGAGCACUAUUCUUGAACCCCAAACUUACUAAUGUGCACCUCUGUAAUUUCAGCUUUCAUAUCUGAAUAAGUUCUGGGCUCAAAAUAUUAUUAAAGGGAUGCCGUGUCAGUGCUGCACAGUGUGCCGCACUGGUGUUCAGCGUCUCCACGCUCUGCAUGGAGGCACUGAGCAAUCCCCAUAAAUAUGCAUUCAUUCAAUGUAUCUCUAUGAAGAGAAAUGCCGAUUGGUGCAGUGUGGCACUUUGCAACUCAUGCGCAAUAGCCUCCCAAUGCUUUCCUAUGGGAAAAGCAUUGGAUUGGCUGAGAUCAUCAAAAUUGAUAAUCUCAGCCAAGGAAGCGGAGCCAGCCGCGGUGAGACAAGCUCGGUGUGGGAGAAAAGGUGAAUAAAAUCCAAUUAAAUGGCUCACACUUUGUCCUCCGAAGGUUGACUUUUUGAGAUGACCUGAAGAAUUAAACUUUCAGCCACAAGCAAUAGGCAAUAGAAGUACUGUAACCAUAACCACACCGCUAUCUCACCAGCUUUCCUGAAAAUUAACAGGUAGGAAGAGAAUGACUGGAGCACAGUACUAGAACAGUUGGAGGUCUUGCCUACUCGUAUCAUAUUUUUUGUAAGGGGAGGUUUGGUUUUCUGCAAAAGAGCUCCCAGAUGGCAGUUUUAUUGCUGUUGGCAAAACAGGAGUUACAUCAAACAAGUGUCUGCAAAUGUUGUUUCACAUAUACUACACUUGUAAUGGCAGCAACUUCUACCAGGCUUUUACACAAAAAAAGGAAAAAAUACAUUUGCGCAGAAUAGGAGCUGACCCAUUUCUACAAAUAGAUCUCUCAUGGCAGAGCAACUCGCAUUGUCUUAGGGAAUUUUAGAUUUGAGCGAGUGCUGUAGCAGAGGCCAGGAUGGAUCGCGUUCUGUAUAUUCCUCUGCAGCAGCAGAAAUAUUCUUGAGUAAAAAUGCUCCUACCUUCACUGUUCAGGGAGCGCUGUCUGUUCUCAUUACUGUCUUCAGGUUAUGUGUUCAUGAAAAAUAAAUAAAGCAUAAUCUGUAAAAUGUAUACGUUUCCUUAGCUGCUAGAGAGCAAAUGAAGAAUCUGAAAAGUGUGUUUGUUGUGGAAUCCUCAAAGACGUAUACAGUAAGCUGACGUUUUUAUGACGAAUUGUAGGUCAAAAUCACCAAAUUGGCGAAUUUUUUUUUUUAUUUUGUUGCCUAUUCUCUUCCAAUUUCUUUACAAUUUCCAGUUUGGGUAUUAGAACAUAAAGGAAUUUAUUCACUUAAAAAAAAAAAAAAAAAAUUUCUCCCAGAUUUCAGACUAAAAUUGUCAAGCUGUAACUACAGUAUUUUGAUGAUCUCUUCCUCCCCCUCCCAUAUUGGCUAUUUUUCCCUUAAAUUUGGAAAUCUGUUUUCAUUUUGUGAUUAAGCUCUAUUGUCUUAUUUUGUUUGAGAUUGUGUGAAUUUAAACACAACGUGCUGUGACAAUUGGCUAUAUUUUUUUAUGCCCAAAUAACAGGAACCUAGUCCAAUGCAAAGCUGCUCAUGUCUUUUAGAGGAUUGCCUCCUGGGUCUGAUGUCUCAUACCUUUUUAAAGCAACACUAUAGGCACCCAAACCACUUUAGCUAAUUGAAGUGGACUGGCUCUGCCAGUUUAACGCAGUGUAACCCUGAAGUUGUAUUCCAGUUAUUAAACUGCAAUAAUUACUAACCAGGGUUAAAUCCACCUCUAGCUUUAUUUAUUAGAGGGACUUCCGAGUGGUUAGGCGACUUUUGCAUGACAUCCUUACACUUUGCAUGAGGACAUCCGCGUCACCCAAAGCCCCAUAGUAAAGCAUUAUACAAUGAGGGGCACUAUGGACAGCUAUAGUGCUAGGAAUACAAUUUUGUAUUCCUAGCCUAUAGUUUCUCUGUCAAAUUUUCUGUUUUUGUGUCUUUUUUUUUUUUUUUUUUAAUUUAAUGCAAUAAAUUAUGCCAUAAUUCACAUUUUCUUCUGGCAAUACCGUGACUAUGCGCUCUUGGCUGAUCAGGGAAUUUAUACUGACGUUCAUCCACCUGUACAAAGAUUUUGAGUGUAAUGUUGAGUGACAUCCAUAUGUAUAGCGGUACAGGGAGCUGUGGACAGAUUGAGGAAGCAAUAGUGAGAGUGGGUGAAAUGGAACUGAAAUGGUUUUGGUUAACCCGUCAUGGUACUGUAAGGGGUGUAAGAAAAGUAUUGUCUAUCAAGAAAUGAUGGCGGCAGGAUAAAUGGGCUUGUUUGCUGUUGUUUAAUGUGUUUAUUGUUGUGAUUUAUCAGAGUGAAAGGUGUUGUUUUUUUUUUUUUCUUCAAUAAAACAUUUGGACAUCUAUUUCCUGCCUCUAUUAGAGGUUUCUCCCUCUCCAGAAUGUGUGUGUAUGUAUGUGCACGCACGCGUAACACCUUAUUGACGUGACUUGGGUGCUGUCUGUCAGCACCCAAAAUCCAGCUUCUUAAAGGAUCACUUCAAACACUAUAACUAAUAAUGCUGCAGUGAUUAUGGUGCCAGUGGUACCUGCCCCCUCUCCCCCUCCCCAAAUGCAAGUUGAAAGUAAUUAAUAAAUCUAUUUUAGAACGGUUUGACAUCUUGCUUGGGGUCUGCUGAGCUCUGCACCCCACCUUCAAUACAAUUGACAGUGAAACAAAAUCUGAGAUUGACAGAGUGACCAGCCGAUGUGCUCAGCCAAUGAGCUAGAUCUGCACUGCAGGGCUUAGCUCAGGAGAGCCAACGGAAACUUCUUAAACAGUUUAGCUACUUACAAUGGGGGAGAGAGUUACCAUUGCACUCCUGGCACGGAAUCACUGGAGCAUUCUGUUGUGGCUAUGGUGUUUAGAGUGUUUCAUUAAUUUCAUGUUUAUUGUACAAAGGUCAUACACAUUUAUAGGCAAGGAUAGGUUGUGAGUGCUUAGGGAGGACUGGAUCAGUGCUCUCAGGCUAUCAUUGCUAUCUAAGGUUGGACAGCUUUCUGCAAUUACUUCUGCAUAAUCUUGGCAGCAGCAGAGUGCCUGGAGUUUGAUUGCUGGGAGCACCCUAUUUUUUUCCUUUUCAAAGCUUUGAAAUGUUUUAAAUAAUAACAGAGGGAGUGGACUCAACAAAUGAUUGCACUAUAACCACUACAGUAUGCUGCGCAAUCGUUUUCCGUUUCUGCUUAUCCCCCAAGACAAGAUACAUUCCAUCUUUAUGAUAGGGGAGGAUCGCCUAAACGGGUCCGCAUGCUAUUUUAACCGGAGCUAGGUCUAUAGCUCCCUGUUUGUGAGUGAAUUUUACCAAUUUAUUGUAACAUAGUAUUGCAGUAUUAUACCAUCUACACUAUAUUGGAUUAUUUGUUGUUGUAGGUAUUCAACACAUCGAUUGCUCAAGUUUUUCCGUCUCUUCAAUGUUACCAUAAGGUGAUAACUUAUUGUUUUAAACAUAAGCGCUACAUUCUUCUGUAUUUCAUAUAUUUUAUUUGCAAGUUUGGAAGGUCAUUUGCUUGAAUGUUUAGCAGCUAAUUCUUGUUAUAAUUCAAUUUGGAUAUAUUAUCCUGUAUAUUAAUAUACAUAAGCGCUGGUUCUUAUCCUAAAUUUUCUCUUUUGUUAUCAAACAUAAACUGUAUUGUGUACAAAAAAAUAUUAACAACAUGCACCCCAGUUGAUGUUCUUUAUUGAUUAAAGUGCCUAUUAUGAGGUGACUAAGAUUAUCUUGAAGAAAGAGUGAGUCUCCCCACUUUAUCUUUACGAUUUCCUUGUACAGGGCAAAGACCUGAAUGGAAAAGAGCCGGAAUAAGUGGAAACGUGGGUUAGGGGAAAUGCUAUUCCAGCACCCUCCAAACCCAUCCCCCCCCAAAAAAAAUCUCCCCUCUAGGCCCACUAAAGAGCUGCCCCAUUGGGCUUCCCCCUCUCCCCAAACUAGAUCGAAUAUUGGCAAAGUAUAGAUUAAUAGGAAAAUGUAAAGAAUAUAAGGUUGACUUUGAGAAAAUGUUUUUUUUGUUUGUUUUUCACAGUUUAAGAAUAGGAGCCAAUUUGAAAGAAAUGGCAUAAAACGACAGAGCGUGUCGCAGUGAGUCUCCUUAACCCUUUGAGAUCUGCAAGCUUUAGGUUUCCGCUGGUAUUCCGCUCUUGUCUUGUUCCAAGUUUGAUCGCCUGACCUCCAGGGCUGCGCUUGUUAUCAUCGGAGUUAAAUGCGGAAUGAAAGGCAAACGACACAUGCAAGUUUAUAUUUGGUGUCUUUCACAAGCUGGUUGCAUAACACAGCAAGGUGUGAUGAGAUGACUCAUCGGCCUGCAGAAUGUACCUUGAGAGUGUUCUAAGCCCCGCUGUGAAGCGAUUGUGUUGUAGUUUGUAGGCAGAAUACAUUGGUACGACAGCAGGUAAAAUAAAGGCUUACAAGUAAAACUGUCUAAAAAUCUUUAGCGCUGGAUACCUUCUGCUGUGUCCAGAACUCAUUAAGCUUUUCAAAAUCUGUUUUGCUGUCAUUUACCCUGAAAAGAAUCUGCAGUUUUCUAUAUUGUAAAAACAGUGUUGUCCCUAAAGUUUGACCUCUGGCACGGAAUGACAGGACUGUCAAAAAUUGUUCCUAAUAGGUGUUAAUCUUUUUCCGUCCUUUAGUGCAGUUUGACUGCAUAAAGAAAAUUACUAAUUAACCGCUUUAGCUGAAUUAUUAUUAGUUUUUUGUUGUUUUGUUUUUAAGCAUUUAGGGUGCGUGGCAGAGUUUGAUAGGAAAUGUUAGUCCAAACAGCACAUGGGAAGAUGAUUGAUACUGCCAUACGUUGCAUGUCUCCUUCCUGAUAGAAAUGCUGCAUUUUGUCAGUUUUUCACCUGUUGUGUUAGCGCUGGCAGGAAAUCCGUCUGUUAUUGGGUAAACAUUUUGCUGUUUGUCGUACUUGGCGCCCAUAAGGGAGAGGAACAGAAAAGCUAUUGAUUUGCCGCCUUAACCGUCUGCAUCGCAUUGUGACGUUGGCAAGGAACACAAACUCCUGUCUGCUCCGCACUCUGCUUAUCCUCUUAACUCCUAAUACAUAGCUUAUUGUGGAGACUAUCCAGAACUGGUACUUAAAUAAUCUGAAAUACCAUACCUCCCAAGUGUCCAUAUUUAGGAAGGAAAGUCCCUAUUCUGAGCUGAAAUCCUUCUGACCUUUUUUUAUUUUUUUUCCUAUCAGUUGCAUACUUCUGGUACAUCUGACCUAUUUAAUAUUGGUGUUUCUGUAAUGGGGAAAAAAAAGCAUUGUUGUUGGAUUAAAGGAAGAAAACAUUGAGUAUUUGGUAAAAGAACAAAGCAUUGAGGGCCAUUUUCUAAAAACACCCUCUAUUGGAAGGGUUAAAUGUAAAUAAUUAAUGGUGGUUGGGCGUUAAGGGUAACACAGGAAGUGGAAGGAUUAUCCUUAUGAUUCUAGGAAGCAGGGUGAUUCCCUCUUACCCUCCCAGUUACUGUUGUGUUGAUAUGUGGCUUAACGGUGGGAAGUUCUUUAAGGAACAGAAAGAAAAGCCACUUGAACUAGGUAGACACAUCCAGGUGGAAGAGUAAAAUGGCAGACGUGAGCUUUUGGUUAAGGAGCUGCAGCUGGUGAAGAGUUUAAGUAUUUUGGACAUUAAUUGUUCAAUAAAGCUGUGGCCUAACCCUCUUGGCAGUAUAUAAAGUUGUUUGUCGUUCAUUGUGAGAGUUAUAUGGUUGUGUCUGCUUGCCAUAGUCCUGAACAGUAAAGAAAACAAACAAGGAAGAAGAAAGUAAUUUGCUUCAUCAUGUUUUGCUUUGCACAGAAUUAGUGGCACAUUCAGUACUUUAAAGAGGAAAUGUCACUUCUCUAAAAGUGACAGUACCUCCUUUCCCAACACCAGUAAAAUUUCUACAGCGUUUACUGUAGUGGGGGGGAAAGCAUCAAAGGUAUUUUAAAAAUACAAUCCCUUCCAUUAUAUUUCCACAUUCCAUAUGAUAUCUUUGGUAAGCUCAUUUAUGCACUGGCAUCUACACAAAAAUGCUUUACAAGUGCAUGCAUGCUUGGAUAUGGCAAAUACGGUAAAUAAAAAUGAAAUAAAUAGAAGCUACUAAAGGAAUACAACAGAUAAAGAUUGAAUAGCACAAGCAAUAGCUAACUUUUGGUGCGCCGUUUUAAGUCGUUCUGUGAAUUUUGGCCCAUGCCUAUAGAUUACAACCUGCAUUGUAAUUAUAGUUUGUGUUAGGCAUGUCAUGGUUACGGGCUGUGAAAACUUUGACUUAAGCAGCCCGCAAGCAUGUGUUUCUAUUUUUUUUUUUUUUUUUCUAACCUGUACAAGUGGAUAAAUUUCCUAUUUCGUUGGGUUUUUUUUUUUUUUUUUUCUAACUUCAUCAGGGCCUGUGAUCUGCCAGGACUAACAAGUUCCUGAAGUGGUUAAGCCAGUAUGUGAUAACAAACACAGGCUUGGAACACAAUGUGAAAUCUGAGCCUUCUGUGUCUUAAGGGAAAUUUUGAAAUUUUAAACGGACACAUUGAAAUAAAGACACACAGAGCCUCAUUGAAUGGGUUGGAAUAAAAUCUGUCUCGUAUUGAAUAGACCUGGUCUUGCUGCUGGCCCACGUCCUGUAAGUGAACCCUUAAGCUUAGUAGACUGUGCCUGGGGGAUCACUAAUCCACUGGAAACUAAAGGGUUUAUUCUGGAAUCGAUAGUAGAUACCGGUAACUCCCAAGAGCCCUGCAAAUUAUAGAACAAAUAGACCAGACCUUAUGUAGCUCCGUUAACUUGGCCUAAAUUGGCACAUUUUACGUCAAAAUUGUUACAGUAUGAACAAAUCUCAACCUUUCUUUGCAGCUCAGCCAAUUUGGCCUUAAAUUUGCUUUUCCCUGGUGAGUUCCCAAUAAUUAAUGGUUUGGUCGUCAAGUCUGAUUCGCUUUUUACAAGGUUUUUGGCAGUUAAAGGGUUACUCCCAAGCACCAUGCCCACUUUAGUGAUUUGAAAUGCUUGUGGUGCCUUUUAUGCAGCGUUUCAGUAAGAAAUGCAGCACAUAUGAAGUUUAACACAUCUGCUGCCAGACGUGUAACUCUAUCUCUGGCAACAUCAUAGGGAGUCACUAGCCAGUCCUGAAAAUCUCUGGUCUGGCUAAUAUCAAUUCUGUGUAAAAUUGUUAUCUGACGACAGCAAGUGGCACACCCGCUCCCACCCUCAGGGAUCCUCCAUAGACCUCAAUGCUGUACUUUCACACAUGUGCGAAAGUACAGUGCUUACGUUGGCACCUGGCAUCUCAAGGGCCAGGAGCUAAAAAGGAUGGCAGCGCCUGCAAGAGACUGGUCCAGUUAAGUAAAUCUCAUCUUUGCCUAGACAAUUACAGAUCUGCUCUAAGUAUGCGUAAGUUUUGGGUUUUUCAAAAUGCCUUUUAUUUUAUGAGGCAUGCAUAUGCAAGGUGGUGGUUUAUUAAAUAGGAAAUGUUAUACUUUAAUUCACACACUUAUGCCGUCAACGUAGGGAUGUACUCUAUAGGUUAUAGUUUCCUUUAUAUUUCAUACUUGAAACUGAUUUUACCAUCUGAACAUUUGUGGAAAUUUCAGCGUAUAGUUCUGAAUGGUGAUUUGCAGCGGCAUUGUGCAAGGGAUUUACCGUAGCGCAGACAGGUAUUAGUUGGGUGAGCCAGAGGUCACUUGUUAAAUAAUGACACUGGGAUAUGAAAGAGCAGGAAGCUUUUCCAGGUGGGUGAGCAGCGUUGGCUCCCGAGUGCACAGCUUGCUAAAUUAUAGAGAACAAUGUGUUUGGGGGUGGGGGUGUUAUAGUGUGCUUUGCAGACUGGCAGAGAAUACAUCAAUAAAACAGCAGAGCUGAUACACUGCAAAAGGAGGACAUUGCUUGUAGUCCAAACUAGGGGUGUUUAAAUGUGUCCCUUCCCAGAAUUCUUUGCCAGCUAACAGCAGCAGAGCUUCACUUGGUUGGGCACUCAUGAUCUAAGAUGAUAAGGGUGCACAAAAUAAAGAAGGCAGGGAUACUUUACAAAGCCAUUGAGUGGAUGUUAAUAUGGGAGCUGACUGCAGAGACAAUGAUUUAUAGUCCACCAAUUAACUUAAUUAGCUUUGCAUAAAAAUGCAUUUCUAGCUGUUUGGCUACUACAUCACACUUCUAGGUUUAACAGUUGCCACAUGGAUGUUUAUAGCCAGGAAGGUUAAUGAACAUUUAAAAAAAAAUAUAUAUAUAUAAAUUAAAGGGACACUGUAGUCACCAAAAAUUGAAUCUUGAUCACAUACAGCAGGCUCCUGCGCGGCCUAGCAAGCUAUUAACAGAGCUGGAGAUAAGAAAUUUUAAGAUUUGCAAUAAAGGAAGUCUAAACAUUAUGACUCUUUACAGGAAGUGUCUAGGAAGGCUGUGCAAGUCAGAUGCAGUAAGGUGUUACUAGGGCUGUGUAAACAAAGUGAUUUAAUUUCUAAGUGGCAGAGAAUUGUGCAGAGACAAGAUCUAUACACCAAAACAGCUUCAUUAAGCUACAGUUCUUUUGGUCACUAUAGUGUCCCUAUAAAAAAAUAAAUAUGUAAAUGAUGAUGAUGAUGAUGAUGGAUGAUGGAUGAUCGUGAUACAAUGUUCAGGACCAGUGAGCUUGCAGUCUGUUGAGCUUGCAGUAUUUUCCCUCAGUAAAUAUUCCUAGUAAAUAAAUUUCCCCGUCACUAUCCAAGACACAUUCUAUCACAAAUUAAAGGACCACUAUAGGCACCCAGACCACUUCAGCUCAAUUAAGUGGUCUGAGUUCCAGGUCCAUCUAGUGUUAACCCUGCAGCUGUAAACAUAGCAGUUUCAGAGAAACUGCUAUGUUUAAAUUAGUGUUAAUCCAGCCUCUAGCGGCUGUCUUACUGACAGCCGCUAGAGGUGCUUCCGCGCUUCUCACUGUGAUUUUUACUGAUUGAAUGCGUGCGCGUCUCUUGCCGCGCAUGCGCAUUCGGCGGAUGACGUCGGAAGAGGGAGGAGAGUCCCCAGCGCCGAGGGAGCGCGGCGCUGGAGAAAGGUAAGCAUGUAACCCCUUCCUCCCCCUUCAGCCCGGUGGGAGGGGGGCCAUGAGGUUGGGAGGGACCUAUUAACACUAUAGUGCCAGGAGUUUGUUUUCCUGGCACUAUAGUGGUCCUUUAAAGCACUGAAAUUGUUGUACAUAAUGGGCUCAUCUUCCCGAAAGCCCAGCUGACUUGCUUUAAGUGCUGCUUUCCCAGGCUUUAGAUAUAAUUUUCCCAGAGUCAGCCAUGCCUUUUAAUACAGUACUUUUACUAGAAAAGGCCCAUUGCAUUGGACGCUGUACAAGCAGUUACACCUGAAUGUUAAGUGAAUGACAGUGCAGUAAAACCGCACCUUGCUCCUUCAUUUACAAGAAUGACUUCCACAAGGAAACACAUUCAUUGCAUUGUUCCCAUGCACAAAGCUUUUACAGCAGAGAUUGAGCUACAAUGGGUUUCUGUUUAAAAAGUUCCUUCGUUGCAUCCUUCUUUUGAAGUCUUUACAUUAGUUAACCACUAAUCCUUCUUAUACCCAGAGCUGAAGAUUCUAAGGUGGCAGUCAUCCAUGGGUCUACUGAACCCAUUAAAGUGGCAUUGCCAUUUCUCUGGUCUUUAUUUCUUCAUAUAGAGAGAUUAUUUUUUUGAAAAACUAUCACAAUAUAUUGAGUUUAUAUUUCAAAAUAAUGAAACCGUAUCUAAAAACACAAGGACUACUUUGUCUUGUGUUUGCCCUUAGAAAUGCCUAAAAUGAAACCGUGAAUAAUGUUUUUGCUACUUCCUGUCGGCCGUUGCAAAAUUUCUGUUUGAGUGACAUGCGCAUGCACAAGUUACAGAUCUUAUAACUUAAUAACUUAAGUGUUUGACUUUAUUGCUUAUACAGGUGAAGGCAUGAACAGAAUUAAUGUAUUGGAUGCCAGUAGCAUUUCCUUCAAGUCACAAUUUCCGCAUUUAUUCCUCCUAACUCCAAAGCCUUUAGUGGUUGGUGCAUUAACUUACAAACCUGCUCUGCUCCAGGGGCCAAUCAUAAAUCCCUUUCUGAAUAUCCCUCUUUCAUCCUUUGUGCUGAAAUGCUGUAGAAUUUGGAACAAUGUUUAGACUAAAACAAAGCAGUGGGUUGUAUUGGAAGAUUGGGAGCUGGAGGUCCCUGGUGUUUCUCUGAGCCCACUCCUGGUCUGUCCUCAUUGUGGCAUUAAUUGGAUUUCAGACGAUUGUCCGGGACGAUUGGAAACGUGAGCAGUGUGUAGGGUUGGAUGGAAUCGCUGACAAUGUGAAAGUGAUGACAAGGCCAAGAGAGGGAACAAAGAAACACGGCUCUACGAGAGCCUUCCAUCUCUAACCCCAGGGAGAAGAACCCGUUCACACGGAACCAAAACAAUUAGCGUGCGAAGGUUGUGUCCGUGUGACAAUAUGCAAAUGGCUCGUAAGGGAAGUUUUCGAAAUGGAAGUAAUUAGACACAGCACAGAGAAAAUCUGUUGUACAAGUAAUACAUUGUUCCCCAGCAACGAAGGGUUAACGUUCUACUUCCCUUUUAUUUUGUAGACAUGGGGGGGAAAAAAACAAAUCGUAUUUGCAUAUAAUUUUAUAUGCUAUAAUUGUAACUAUAAUUAAUUUUUUUUUUUCUUCAUAUUUUGCCACUUUUGUUACAACUCCCUAUAAGAGACGUAAACAUUCCUUAGAAGCAAGUUAAUCACCAUGUUUCUAAUUGUUUGUUAGUAAUUCUAGUGAAAGUAAAGCCAUUUCGAAGUAGUUUUCAAGAUUUGACUAAAAGCUGUACUCUCACGGUACCCAAAGACUUCUGCUGCUUAUGUAAUUUUUCUUUUCUUAUUUUAAAACGUUUUUUGUUUUUGUUUGUUUGUUUGUGCAUUACCUGUACCACAUUUCAGAUCUUGCAUAAGAAUGACAUGCUUAAAGGGGAUUCCAUAGUAAAAGUUGUAUUCCUUACACUAUACAUCCCUCUGGUGCUCCCCCUACCUCGCACACCUCCUACAGCUCCUAAAAGAUUUAAAAACCCUUUAGUCACUUACUUAUUUAGUCACCAAUAUCCCUCGGCACAGGAUCAGCGUUCCACCUUCUCUGUCAUCAGAUGGGGGGCUAAUGCGCAUGUGUGGUGAGCGCCACAAGCGUAUUAGAUCCUCCCUAUAGGAAAGCAUCAGUUAGACAAAAGUCUAUCAGACAGUCUUGGUCCUGCAAUGUAAUUAUUGCAAUCUUUCAAAAACUGCAAUGAUUUACAUUGCAGUACUAAGUGGGACAGGGACGCUGCAUCUAGACCACUUUAUUGAAAUGACGUGAUGUGGGUGACUAUAGUGUUCCUUUAAGUGCUCUGGGUGGGUUACCCAAACUGAUUUUUUUAUUUUAUUUUAUUUUUAUUUUUUUAAGCUAAGAAAAUGUCUCUAGAUGUCAAAGGUAACCCUCUUUUCUAUUCAUUUUUUUAAUUUUUUUAAUAUUAUUAUUAUAUUCCAACAGCCAAUGUUAGAAAGUGCUACUACUUUUAAUUUGAAGUAGCAAUAGGCGCAUAGUGUUAGUGGUGCGUCUGCAAGUGGCAUUAUACAAUAUAUCGCAUAAUACCUACAGAAUGCCAUUGCUCUCUGUGUAGCCCCAUGUUAUCCAAACUUUCAUUUGUAAUGGAUUGAUUCACUCAUUGAAACCUAUUACAGGCUGUGCAUAGUUCAUGCAUGUAGUCUGUAUGUAAAAACAUGACCGUUUCACAUCCACAUUGUAGAGAAGAUAAUAUUAAACAAAAGCACGAGAAAAGCAGAGUUCAGGUGAAAUCGUAAUUGGCUACUCUGAUUUAGAGUGCAAGCUUACUGGACCACUUUUGUAAAUCUUUUCAAAUUAAUUUUUACAUGGUAUAAAUUCAUCUCCCAGAUGUUGGCAUGUGAGGACCCGUUUUGACCUUAUGACCUUUUUCAAGCCUUUAAAACUUACUGGCAUGAAAUUGACAUCAUUAUUCCCCGACAGGAUGAUCCCAGACUGUCUGCAGCAGAGGUUAAACAAACAAGUGUAAGAUUGAGAAAACCCAGAUCGUCACAUUGCAGACUGUAAACUGGAGAGAUUUAAGUUGCCCUCUCAUAAAUUAUAUUCUCCUAGCAUCUGGGAAUAACCUCAAUAAAUAGAGAAAUCAUGGGGCAUGCUCAAAGCAUCUUCAGAUUCUACCCUUCUUAAAUAGACCGUGAAAUCGGAAUCCCUGAGAAUGUGUUCUUGCAUGGUUCUUACAAUAAAUUGUAUGUUUAUGGGUAUAGAGGGACCAUAAAUUGGACUGAUCAGAUAAUCUUAGUUCCAUUAGAAAUAGAUAAGGUGCUUUUCAAAAUAAAAUCUCUUUAGCACUAAAAUAAUUGAGGGAAUAGAAUUAUUAUUAUUAUUUUUUUUUAUCAUUGAUAUUUUGCAUUGUUUUGAAUGAGACAAUAAUGCUACAUUACUUUUAAGUUCUAUCAAAGGAACACAAACAUAGAGGUAAAUUUAACAGUGCAGGUCCCUGGUCUCCUCUCUUUACAUUAAAAAGUGAGUUUACUGCCAUUUUCUCUGAAAAGGCAGUGUUUACAUUAAAAAGCCUGCAGGGACAUGCUAUAGACAAAAAACAAAACAAAAAACCUGCAUUAAGCUGUGGUUGUUCUGAUGACUAUAGUGUCCCUUUAAAUUCAUUGGUGAGCCAAGGAGAAAUCUCACAUUGCUUUUAGGAACAGUCCGUAGUAGCGGAAUCGGACUAUACGUGCACAUGUGUCCCUGUUUAGGAGGGACAGUCCCUAGUUUGGGCCCUAAUCCUCUUUUCUACCCUUACAUUCUUCCUUUUCUAGGAGCACCAUAUUAUUGGUUUGUCUGAGGGUAUAACAGAGCUCCACAGCAAUAAUACAGAAAUGCGUCUUUAGAAAUAAUAAAUGUGUAUAGAAAGCAGUCUGUGUAAAUAAUAAUAAUUUGGUUGCCUAAAUUACUGUUGGGAAGUCGCCUUAAAUUUCUCAGAACAGCCUCGCCACAUCCUCACUCACACCCUUAAAUUUAAAGUGUCUCUCGUUUGUACAGUUCAACUGUCCUGGUACAUACCAGGAGACCUGGAAACUGUCUCCGAGCAUCACAGCGCAACUGCAUCGUAUCCAAAACGGAUUGAGAAAUGUACGCAUUUUUUCCUCAAACCGUUUCUAUGAAUUCAGAAUCACUGAUUAGCUGAGUGUGUCAGCCAAACACUCUAAGCCAAACAGCGGCUUCCCCGCCUGAGGCAGUCCUAGUCUUCUGUUUUCAUGUUUUCCAUCAAGUGGAGGUUGAAGGGGGCAGAGCGAUCUGGCGUUGAAGAGGGCACUUGAGGUUUAAACAAUUCGUGAAUAGAGACCACUAAAGCUUACCACUAAAGGUAAGCUAGCGCCUGGGUCCUCUUGGCACCAUAACAACUUAAUUUUGAUUUUAAGUUAGUUUCGUUUCCCUUUUAAGAUUUUUGAAUAAAUGCAUUUAACCAAUAUUAUAUUAUCUUUAUUAUAAUUUUUAUAUAUAUAUAUAUAUAUAUAUAUAUAUAAAAUUUACAUAAUUAUUUUUUUUUUUUAAUUUGUUUAUCCUAAAACAUUGGAGUUAGGAGUGUUGGCAUUUUUUUUUAUAUACCAGCAAAGAUAAAUAAUGGUAAUCCGUAGCACUGUAGGCAUGUUGUGUCCCUGGUGAUGUGAAAUACAGCUGUAAUCCCAUUAACCAAUUCCCACAGAUCCUUCUUGCUGUGUAGGUCACGUGCAAUCCCAUUUUUGGCUGUGGAAACCAUUGAUAUAAGUGCUUGUGUUGCUGUGUGCGGCUAGUUCAUACAGCGUAAUCUCCUCUAGUCACAGCCAUGACCACCAGCUAAUCCUGUUCGAAUGAAGAGUGGAUGAAAAAUGCACGACUGGAUCUGGCUAAUUAAGGAUUUUGAGCAUAUGGGUUUUUUGUUUUUUUUGUGAUUUAUUAAGUAAUGUAGCAAGAUUAAAAGCAUGUUGAAACAAUUAGUAUUUUCAACAGUUUGAAGCUCAAAACAGGUCUUAAUUUUUGUGUCCUACCAAUGGCAUAUUAAAUACAUGUAAUACCGUUUUCUCCCUUAAAGUGCUGUUAGGGGCGCUAUUUAUUUUUUCAGUUUUCUUCAGUAAUCUCAGUAAUCUCUCUAAUGUUUUUGGUGGCACUUCUGGUGUAUAGGAAAGGUAGCUUGGUGAUUUCAGAUGCUUGAGUGUAUAUUUUGUAACAUAAAUGCAUUUGUUAACAAUGACUCUGCGUAUAGGAACACUAUAGUCACCAGAACAACUGCAGCUUAAUGUAGUUGUUCUGGUGAGUCUAAUAGCUCCCUUCAGGCAUUUUCAUGCAUUUUCUCUGAAAAGGCGGUGUUUACAUUGCCCCUAGGGACACCACCAAGUGGCCACUCCUUAGAUGGCCACUGGAGGUGCUUUCUGGCUCAGUGCUGCACAGUAAGCAGCCCUGCCAUUCAGCGUCCCCCCGCUCUACACGAAGACGCUGAAUUUUGGCCCCGCCCCGUGCCGCUUUUUUUUUUUUUGUCUAUGGAAAGCAUCGGAUUGGCUAAAAAUCGGCCAUUUCGAUGUCACAAAGGGGGCGGAGCCAGCGCGGGCAGAGCCAGUGCCGGCGGACCCGCACGGCGCUGGAAAUAAGGUGAGUUUUAUAGGGAGGUUAAGGAGGGGCAAGCCACCUAAAUGGUGGGUUUAGCACUAUAGGGUCUGGAAAGGCUCACCAAAUUGGAAGCGCAAUCGUGUAACUAAAGUUGGAGAAUUCAAAGCAUUCCUAAUAAUGCGGCCUUACGUCGUUCAAUAGAGAGGGCGACAUAUGCAUUCCCCAGGAGGCAGAAGAAGCAUGGAGCACAUACACAUUUCCAAGUGGGAUCUGAUUUUUAAGCCCUCCUCAAUUUCUUUGCCCGGGUCGUGUUUGGUCCAGGAUGUGAAGAUGUGGACCAUGGAACCAAAUUCUGGAAUCUGUGCCACUUUAUCUCAAAGGAUGGGUCUUGGCAUUCAGCAUGCAGACCAAUACACACCACAUCCUCAGCAGGUUGGGGGAAACUUGUGUCCCUCCAGGUGUGUGGGGCUCAUCCACAAUAGAUUCCCUGACAAAUUGAGACUCAUCAUCCCACUAUUUGUCCUUGUUUGAGGCAGAGUGGUGUUUGGCUGGCCACUCCUCCGUGACAGAUGAUGGAGGAGAAAAUUUUGUCUGCGUCAUCCAAAGAGAGAGACUUUCCCCUCCUCAUUGUCCACUUGUUUGACCCUCUUGAUCUAAAUAAAGUUGUUAUAGUGCAGGAGGCCACUGGCUGAACAGUUCAACCCCAAAGAUUGCCUCCAGCGUUCAUCUACAGGUUACCCAGAUGGCAUUUGGCUUCUGAAUCCUAGUUGCAGGAAGAGCGUAGUCCUGUGGGACAGGGGCGCAGCUGAUUGGCUACAGCUGUCAGCUGAUGCUCUAAGCCAAUCAGUAGCUUUCCACUCAUAAAAAAGUUAUGCAGAGUCCCCAGCAAAUCAAUCUCCUCUGUGCUGCUUGAUCUAUUAGCCUAAGUAGCAAUGGGUGGCUGUAAAUGGCUGAGAGUGUCAGGUGGCUGCUUUCAGAUGGGCACAGUGACCAUUGCUGGUCUGAUGAGAAGGAAGUGUGUGAUCUCUGCCUUAGCCAUAUCUCUAGUAAGGGGCUGGAUAUGGGUGGAACCCAUCCUCAUUCAGUUUGAAACUGCUUAAACCCGUCCUCCUCGAGCUUUGGGUAUAUGAAGCUUCCCAAGCUUGUAAGGCUGGUGCUCACUUAUGGUUUGUCUUGCCUUCUGCCUAGCCUGUUAUGUAGCCCCAGACAGGAAGGUGGUGGCUACUAAACCUUACUGAUCUUUAUCUUGCCUAUCCCUACUUACGCUUAAAGUUUGUUUCUGUUUCGGGCACACUAUUCAUGUCUAGACACUGAUAUCUACCUAUGAGUCUUAUUUUUGGCUAAGCUAAGACAUGUACUUUUAGCCUGACUAUAUAAAUGUAAAAAUAUGUGCAGUACUCUCAAACUGUCUCAAGACCGUGAUGCUAUGCACAGUGGUGUAUUCUGGUUUUGUGCUGCCCUAGGCAGGACAAAACUCAGGCGCCCCCCACCCAUCCCUUCCUCACGUGACCCUCCCCCCUCCCAUCCCUUCCCCCGCCUUCUAAAUACACACACUCACUAACACACACACACACUAACACACACACACACUAACAGACACACACACACACUCACUAACAGACACACACACUCACAUUAACACAUGUACUUUUUAAACCUCCCCCCCCCUCCAGCCUCCUUACCUUUGGGAGUGCUGGGGAGGGAAGGGGUUCUCUAUCUCCCUGGUGGUCCAGUGGCUGCUGGGUGGGCGGCAUUGGCGGGCGGCUGGCGAGGGAGCUCUUCCUGUGAGCUGACUGCUCAGCUCCCUCGCGCGCCGCAGAGUGAGGCUGGGAGCCGGAAGAUGACGUCAUAUCCCGGCUCCCAGCCUCACUCUGCGGCGCGCGAGGGAACUGAGCAGUCAGCUCACAGGAAGAGCUCCCUCGUCAGCUGCCCGCCCGCCAAUGCCGCCCAGCAUGUCUGUUAGCCGCGAGGCUAACAUGACAUUUGCCUUGGGCAUUUGGGGGGUGGCUUUUUUUGCCGCCCCCUGAAAAAUGCCGCCCAAGGAAAAUGCCUUGUUUGCCUCGCGGCUAAAACGCCCCUGGCUAUGCAUCUUUUUACACUUGCUUCUGCUAUUCUGGCACUUUAUGUUCAAUAAUCAUUCUAUGCACAUUCAAAAUAAAGAAUUUUUUAAAAAGUAGUCGCUGCUCAGCUAUUUUGUAAAAUAUUAGUACAAUGUGUUAAAAAAACAAUACUUAAGCUGUUGGAUAACUGGUUAAUAUUCAACUAGUACUUUUCAAGGUCUACAACACAGCAAGAUCAAAUCUGGAUCAGUUUCUUAAAAGAAAUAACAUAUACAAAAAGCAAUCUUUAUUUCAUGAAUCUAGUUUUCAUUGUGAUCGUUGUCCACCCACCACCGUCCGUAAAAUUUUAUUAAAUUAAGUUUACUUCGCUCGGUUUCAUUUCCCGAACUCAUCCACUGCAGCCACCAGCUCCUCCUCCGAUGAUGUCCUCAUCGAAGCUGUAUUCAUCCCUGGUCUCCUCCAAUCAGUUUUUUUCAGAAUCAAUGUAGUGGAUCUAGGCAUGCACAGUCAAAUUACUUUCGCUCUGUUCUGGAGGAAGAAAGGCUUCUGAUGGGCUGUACAAACAAAGUGAUUUAACUCCAUAAUGGCAGAGAAUUGAAAAGGGGAGACUGCAGAGGCAUUAUCUAUACACCAACACUGCUUCAUUAGGCUACAAUGGUUUUGGUGCCUAUAGUGUCCCUUUACAAUUUUUCUAUUUUUUUUUUUAUUUUUUUUCUCUCUUCUGGAUUACAGUAAAACCUUUAUGCAAUCUCUUCAUCACACCUUAAUCUGCAGUCUUCUUUACAGCCGGCAUGUAUAUCUCAUAACAUUUUCUAUCACUUAGCAGAAAGCAACCAUUCUACUACAGGGAAAGUUGGCAGAUCAGUGAAAGAGCUACAGUUUAGAUUAUGAUAAGGCAAAAGUCUUGUCCUCAAGCAGUGGAAAAAUGUGUUAUCGUAUAUAUUUGCCGUAUUGAUUGCAGUUUACUGUAACUCUGUAAUAAUUUGGCAGAUUAUGUUAAUUCAGGGUAAUUUCCUCCUGCUGUUGUGGCUUAUAAUUUGUACAACCUUAAUUAUACCUCAUUAAAGAUAUCCUGCCUGCAAUUGUCAUGGUAAUUUGCUAAACACCGUUAAUAGAAAUUGCAUGCCCCAGUAUUUUGACUUUUCCCUUUCAUCGUGUAAUCAGCACUAUAAACAGGCUACAUGGGUAGCUACCAAGAGAGUGUUAUGUUUUCACAAAUAUCACAUUUAAGUAGAUUAUCUUUUGGUUUUUGUUUUGUUGAGGCCUGUCAACUUUAGAAUUAGUUUGUAUAUUUUUAUAAACGUUGAAUAAAUAUUUGUUAGCAGAUCAGAGUUAAAUGGGAAAUGGUAUAUAUAUUUCUCUGGCAACACAUUUUUAUUUAUAUAUAUAUAUAUAUAUAUAUAUAUAUAUAUAUAUUUUUUUUUAACCACAAUCAACCACGAUAUUCCGCUUCCAAUCUCAAUGUCUUUUCCCAUCAGCAUCCUCUUAGAAGAGCCAUCUUCUAAAAUGCUUCAUAUGGAAUAUGUGUAUGUAUGUAUGUAGAGAUUGUAGCCGUAUUAGUCCAGUGAUGUAGAUGUAAAAAAAACAGAUCAAAUUUGUAUCUUGUAAUACCUUUUUUAUUGGACUAACAGAAUUUUUUAAUGACGACAAGCUUUCGGGAGAACCUCUCUUUCACAAGUCUGAAGCAUUUCUGAGCAAGACGACACAUAGAAUUCGAAGUUGAGUUGUGAUACAGGGGUUAGAGCGACAUGAGUGUAGAUAAGACACAGGUUUGUUAGAAAAUAGACACCAUCUUAGCAGAGGGUAUAUAUGUGUGUGUGUAAAUAUAUAAUUCUGCAGUCCAGCUAGAUUUUCCAUAGAUCCCCCAUUUUGUAUUUUUUUUAUUUUAUUUAUUACUUUCAUCACCACCACCCCAAACUGGUCUUUGUAAAAGAUGCAGAGAUCUCACAAGUCAUUGUAUAGUUUUCAAGAUGCCCAGACGUUUCCUUUUGAUUUUCCUGCUUGGUUAACAAAUGUAUUUAUUUUUUUCCAUUUAUUAUUCUUUUCUUGGAGAGGGUAAUACAGAAAGUUCCUGAAAGACUUUGUAGCGCCAUGUAGUAUUGAUUAAUUUCUUUAUUUUUUUUUUUCGGGGAGGUGUGAUACUCGCUGGUUAAAUUCCCCAGAGCUUUUAAGUUUUGUCUAAGAUGCUUCACAGUUGGGUGUUCAUUCUGUGUUCUGAUCUCCCUCUGGCUCACUCUAAACUGAAGAGAAUUGAAAAUCCUGCCUGAAAUUGCAAUUCCUGGGAGAUCGAGAACUGACUGCAGCAGAUUUAACGGCUGCUGGAGAGAAUUACAUUCAGAGAUAUGUAGAAAGUGAUGAAAGAACUGUAAAGGAAUUCUGAGCAUCUCUUGUUUAUGUGAACGAUUCUAAAAAAAUAAUUUUCUAACUUUAAUGACGUAAAGUAACAAUUUUAUUAAUACAAGUGGCAAAUAUUAUUCUUUAACUUUCUUUAUUACUCACGUAGCCGCAAACAGAGAAACAUGCUGACUAAUGGGUAUAAUGAACCACCAAUCACAGUCAAGCACAGUCUAUAUAAGGCAACAACAUAGCUACCCAGCCCUCUUUAUAUGAUGGAGAGGAUCAACAAUGUAGUAGAAUGAAGAUUAAUAAGAAAACGAUUAACUGGAUCCAAAACUUAUUUCGGAAAGAAGAAAUUCUUUUGAUCUUGUUUCUACUGCGGGGGAAAAAAGCAAUAAGUAAACAUACAUUAAUCAGUAGUUAGAAAAAUGUGGAGGGUAUACAAAAAAAAUAUAAGUAUGAGUGAUGGAAUAAUACAUUCUGUCCUAAUAAAAUUGUGACUUUAAUGAUGUAAAGUUAGAAUUAUCUUGAAUUUUCAUUGACUGCUAGUUGAAAGCUAAAAAUCAUUACUUGAAUACAUGCAUACUGACACGAGGGGAAGGUUCCACAUACGACCGACAAAAUGCCCGUUAAUGAUAGGGGACAUACCUGGUACGUCCAAUAGUAAAUCCUCACUUACCUUAUCGUUGGCGAUUCCCCCACCAGCGAUCGCGAUCCCUGGGUCUGCCUGGGAGUUAAGGCAUGGAUGCAUGAUGACCAGCUGUCAAAAUUCCAAGUUUGAAAACUGGAAUGUGCACCCUCCAAAUAACGUCUUUUACCCCCCCCAGAGAACCCGACACACCUAUACAUGGAUGGUAUCGCUGUACUCAGGAGAUGUUGCUGAACACAUACUGGGGUGUUCUUUGGUAGUAACCCUUAAGGUCCUCAGUACAUGUAUUCUUAAAUGGCUAUGUGUGUUAAAAAAAAUUUUUAUUUUUGCAUUGGUGGUAAAAUGGCUGCACGAAAAGAGUCAAAAUACGUUUAAUACCUUAGGUUGUCUUCUUUUAAAAAAAUAUAUACAUGUUAAGGAUUAUUCAGGGAUUCCUGACAGAUAUUAGUGUUACAAUGUAACUUGCGUUAAUUUUUGUUUGGAAAAAAAAAAGUGUGGAAAUAGAAAGUGCUAUUUGUACUUAUUGCCCUACGACUUGCAAAAAAAAAUAACAUGUUAACAUUGGGAGAACUCAGGAGAACAUUUUUAAACUAUUUAUCAUGGGUGUUUUUUGGCGGUUGUAGAUGUGUAACAGAUUUUGGGGUUCAAAGUUAUAAAAAGUUUUUUUUGUUUGUUUCAUCAAAUUAUUUAUUUUUUUAUAGUAAAUUAUGUGAUAUGAUGAAAAUAAUGGUAUCUUAUCUUUAGAAAGACCAUUUAAUGGAGAGAAAAACUGUAUAUAAUAUGUGUGGAAACCGUAAAUGAGUAAGAGGAAAAUUACAGCCAAACACCGCAGAAAUGUAAAAACAGCCCUGGUCCUUAACAGUAAGAAAAUUGAAAAGCGGUCUGGUCACUAAGGGGUUAAAGUAAGUGUUUAAAACAUUUCCAGAGAUCAAUCCGCUGUUUUGAGGAUGACCAAUAAGAUAUGUUUUAGUAGUUCUAACUGAUCGAGAUCAAUAAGCUCCAAAAAUAGAGAUGUCAGUACCUGCAAGAUACAUGACGAAUUUUAACCAUCUAGCAAUACUGGCACUAUAUACUAAAAGGUAAGGUUAUGGAAAGAAUUUUAAAAGUUGGAAACAUAGGAUUUCUUAAUGAAGCCGGUUGCAAUUCGUACAUUUUUAAGCAUUAAACAAAACCUAGUUUAGGCUUUUGAAGGAACGCAGGAUACAAUAUAGAAGACAGAUCAGUCCUAGUACGUCUUACAUUUGGAAACUGAAGCCAUCUGGAAAGUAAAUUCUAUUAUGGAUAUCAAGUGCUUUGACAUCUCAUACAUGCUUGAAAGAAAUGAGACUCUAAUAACAUGGCAAGUUUAAAUUCAUUUUAAUGAUACAUUUUUAUUAUCGUCCCAAGAAUUAAAAACCUGUUUAGGAAUAUUUUGGGCAAGCAGGUUGUUUCAAGCGAAAACCUAAAAUAAGUUGCAAACUAUAGGAUGCUUACCUAUCAAAAAAGAAAUGCACCUUUUCCAAGCCAGUUUUGUGAAUGGGGAUUCACUGAUCAGCCAAUCUGCCUAGCGACACUCCGUGCAAGCCGGAAAGCGUUUGUGGAAAGUUGAGUUCGGCACCAUAAAAACUUACUUUAGAUGAAGUUGUUUUGGUGCCCUAGCUGUCCCUUUAAAUGAGCAUGUAAAGGCUCUUUAGAAUGAGAUAAAGCUAAGGAAAUAGACUUAGUCAAAGUCUCCUGCAUGUUAAAGGACCACUAUAGUGUCAGGAAAACAAACUUGUUUUCCUGGCACUAUAUAGUCCUUAGGUCCCGUCCCCCCCUCCCGCUGGGCUGAAACUGUUAAAACUCCUUCAGCCACUUACAUUAAUCCAGCGCCGUGGUCCCUCGGCGAUGGUGACCUCUCCUCCCCUACGUAUGCGUAUGUGCAGCCAGACCUGCGCGCGCAUUCAAAUCACCCAUAGGAAAGCAUUACUCAAUGCUUUCCCAUGGACGUUCUGCGUGCUCAAUGCGACUUUCGCAUUGAGCGUCGCAGAAGCGCCUCUAGCGGCUGUCAGGAAGAUGGAAACAUAGCAGUUCCUCUGAAACUGAUAUGUUUACAGCUGCAGGGUUAAAACCGUAGGGACCUGGCACCCAGACCACUUCAUCUGGGUGACUAUAGUGGUCCUUUAACCAUUGCUGAUGAAACAGUUUGUUGAACAGAUUUUUGCACAGAUUCAUCUAAUAAAGCCUUAAUCUGUUCUUCAGGCAUAUUUUCAACUACAUCUGCCAGAUCCUCAUUAGAGGAAUACAGGGGAUUUUUUGAAGUCAUGAUAGAAAUGUUAAAUUAAAAUGUUAAUAAAUGGCAAACUAUUUUUGAACAGGUGGAGUGUAUGUAUGUAUGUAUGUAUGUAUAUAUUGUGAUAAACUUACUUUCCUGUGUGUGUUUGUCCAGGAUCUUUUGGCAACCGCACAGCCCUCUAGGGUAAGAAAACCAGGUCAAGACAAAGUCCAGUUUCAAAAAGGUUUCUGGCCUGUUUAUUUUCUGUUAUGAAUUAACGGGAUACAAUAAACAGCAAACCUUCUUUCUCCUCAAAACACUUCCCUCACUUCACCCUGCUUUAACUGCAGUUAUAUAGCUGCUCACAGCCCCUACAGGUGAGGCUAAUGACCUCGUUAGGCAGAGAGCCAGAACUCCUUAGAAAACCUGGGCUGGACUCAUGCACAACCACUCUGACAGUGGUUGGAGAAUCGGCCCACCAUGCUCUUCCGAAUACUCCACCCCAGGGACCCAAAUAACAGAGGAAAAAAACCUACAUUUAAACUUAACUUUCACUGGGGCUGCAUGUGCUUACCCAUAUGUCAGGGUAGUGGCUGUGCAAAAGUCUGGGUGCCAGAUAUACACCCCUGACCACCAUCCCCAACACUCUGUUACUAUAUAUAUAUAUAUAUAUAAUUAAAAUGUAACAAACUGAGGGGAAUAAAAUAGAACAAGCAAGUUGUAACAAUAACAAACUUGAAACAAAAAAUACCUGAAGUAAAUCUUAUUUAAAAACUGAAUGAAAUAUUGCCAAUCUGAAGAGUGGUGGCCCGAAUUCCCUGCUUCUGAGGUGACCAUAAGACUAAAUUUGUGAGCUCCCUGUGUCAGAAAUGUUUGCUUCCCCAGCUUUAUGAAUAUAUUAAUUAUAUAUUUUAGUAAACUUUCUUGCUUAAUCAGCCCUCAGGCAGUCACUAGGGCUAUGGAGGGAGAGAAAAAGACAAUGUUUAUGUUUCUCUGAAACUGCUAUGUUUACAUCUGAAGGGUUAAAACCUAGGGGACCUGGCACCCAAACCACUUCAUUGAGCUAAAGUGGUCUGGAUGCCUAUGGUGGUCCUUUUAAAGCAGAUGAAAUUAACAUAAACUGGAAAAAAAAAAUAAGGGUCUUGCACCGACAAGCUCACAAUCUAUAGUAUAUUGCAUACAACUCAAAUUUUUUUUGUGGUAGGUCAUCAGGUCUGGGUGGGGUUUUUGCUUUGUUGCUGCCAGGAGAGAAACCGGAAAUAUAUAUUACCUCUAACCAUCUGCUGUUGUGACUCCAUAUUUGUCCUAAAAAUAAUAAAUUCCUCUGAGACUCUUGUCAUUUCCAGUUCCAUGAAUGGGGGUCUCCGUUCCCCUGUAUCAUAGGGGAAUUCUUUAUUUUCUUAAAUUAUGUGAAUGAACUAAUGUCAUGUUGGUAUCUUGGCAAAAAAACAAAUGUGCUCAGCAGUUCGCGUUGCCAGAUGCAAAGUACUGACCUUGCAAAACUAAAAUAAUAUACCAUUUAACAGGGGAGAUUACAAGCUCGCUUUGUGAGUGACCUGCAAUUCACUCAUUGUUACAAAGAAACGCGUUUCACAUAUUUGGCUUAGCAGGCCCUCAUUCCAGUCUUUUUUGUUACUUUUAUAUUUUUUUCAUUUUUUUUGUAAUUCAUUAUGUCUUUUGUUCUGUGAAUUCCCUUAGUCUAACACACCUUUUUAAUAUGCUGAAUCUCAGUGGAUUUAUUUUAUUUCUGUAAUUUAAAAUCAAAAACUCCCGAGAGCAAGAAAGGUCAUUCUUUACACAGAGAUGAAUUCGGGCCAUUCUUUGCCUUAGCAAAUAAGAGUUGAAAGCAUCUCCAAUCCAGUUACCUUAUUCCGUUCACUGGGAAAAUGUAAUCCUUUUAAGAUGCUCUGUAGACUGUGAAGUCAGAUCCCACUGUUAAUUUGUCUCUCUUCUUUCUCGCUCUCAAAGACAGAACAACCUCUAAAACUUUUUUUUUUUUUUUUUUCUUCAGUUAGGUAAACUUGUACUGCAGUCGGUUUGCACAAGAUGUUCACAUAAGGCUUGUCUAUUUGUUAAUGAAGAUCUGCUUGUGUCAAUUUGCAGAUGCAGGCCUUGUACAAAUGUGUAGUUAUUUAUUUAUUGCUGGCAUUAUAAAGCACCAACUUAUUCCACAGCGCUGUACAAUGGGGCCUAUACAAAAUGUAGAGAGGACUCUAACCGUGAGCUGAGAUCUAUCCAUUGAAGCUGUUUUAUACAAAGAAAGUGCCUGGUUAAAUAGCCCGUGAGCUUACACACAAUUGGCCUAUAAUAAUUGUAUUUUCUUUUUCCCUUCCCCAAAAUGAACUGAAUUGAAUUUUUCAAUAUCAUUUUAUACUACCGUGUUGUUGGCCAGAUAGAGCUCAAUAUGAAGUAUUUUUGUUUGAAUGACUGCAGUCUUAUCCAAAAUAUAUUUUGUUUUUCUUUUUUUAUUCAUUAAAGGACCACUAUAGUGCCCUGAGGGUGCCCCCACCCUCAGGGACCCCCUCCCGCCCGGCUCUGGAAGGGGAAAGGGGUAAAAACUUACCUUUUUCCAGCGCUGGGCGGAGAGCUCUCCUCCCCGUCGGCUGAAUGCGCACGCGCGGCAAGAGCUGCGCGCGCAUUCAGCCGGUCACAUAGGAAAGCAUUCAUAAUGCUUUCCUAUGGACGCUGGCGUGCUCUCACUGAAAAUCACAGUGAGAAGCACGCAAGCGCCUCUAGCGGCUGUCAAUGGGACAGCCACUAGAGGAAAUAGGGGAAGGCUUAACCCAUUCAUAAACACAGCAGUUUCUCUGAAACUGCUAUGUUUAUGAAAAAAUGGGUUAACCCUAGCUGGACCAGGCACCCAGACCACUUCAUUAAGCUGAAGUGGUCUGGGUGCCUAGAGUGGUCCUUUAAACAAUUUGAAUAACCUGCAUGUAUAAUGGGUAUCUGGGCAUAUAUUUGCACGCUUUGUUAGAACUACUAAGGUUACUUAAUGUGUGUGUGUGUGUGUGUGUGUGUGUGUGUGUGGGGACAGGUGCCCUGAUCGUGUUCCGCACAGGAUAAGACCAGCUGAAGAGGGGCGUAAAUAACAAUUGAACACAUACCUAUAGGCUUUUACUGAUAGACUAGAUUAUAUGCAUACAUAUAGUAAUGUCCUUCAUUGGGUCAAUAAAUCAAACUCUGUAUAACUCCUUAACAUGCAUCCAUUUUUAUGUGAUUUUUCGUGUAGCCGUGCCUUCCAAUAUUUUAAAUGGCCAAAGAGGAACACUUUCUUUUUAAGAGGUGUGGCUGAAGGUAUGUCCAGGGCGCGCUUAUGCUAAGAUAUUGAGGCAAUAUAAAUUAUUUGAACUGCACGUUUAACUUCAAACAAAAUCAGACAAUCUACUAUACAGAGAUAUUUGUAAAUAAAUUGACGUUUAUAGACCCGUUAUGGCGAGUUUUAUUGUUGUGAAGCUCGGUGAUACGAUUUAACUCCCGAACUAGAAAGGAGGGAUAUUAUGAUAAAAAAGACAGACUGGCCUAACUAAAUAGACAUUUGUGGGGUAUAUUAUAUGAUCAUAGUAUGAAGGCACUUACUUGUUCCUAAACGCUAUACAUUUAUGUAAUACUGUAGUACAGUUACAUGCUAUAUGGCUGAAAUCUUUUUAUUACAAAAACAAAUUGGCCCAGUACAUGAGAGCAGGAUUGUAUGCAGUAAAGAUAAUUAUAAUAAAAACCUAGCUCAUAAUCGACAAAUCUUUAUUGUAGGAAAUUGCAUGUGAAACCUUGUUCUCAUUGUGAUUUAAACUAUAUGUAGAUGGGCCAUUCUAGAGUCAACACGAAGUUGAGUUCAUGGCGAACCCUGAAGUUUGAAAGUUAAUCUAUAGAUUUAUUGGUAACCACGGCAACGUGUUAAUCCUACAGCAGGAUUCUAAAAUGCUCAAUACAACCAGUGGAUAAAAGAAUGAGUGCUUCUAAUACAUAAAUGUUUUCAUUUAGUCUGAUGUGUAUUCUAAAAAACUUCAUAAAUUGAAAUUAGUUUAAUUAAAUCAUGUACCCUGUGUAUAUGAAAGGAGUAAAUUAAAUUGGAAAGGAAAACAUUUAAUCUUUUGAAACUACAUGGGGAGUGGCAGUCAGGGAACAUAUUCAUCAAUAUUUAAAGUACUCAAUAUUUCAAGAAUUCCAAAAUACUGAAGAUAUUUCAGACAAGUUAAAAUUUCAUGAAAAUUAAAAAGGGAGAGGGGGUUUGUCUGCAGGAUUUAUGUUUUUGCUUUUAGCUCAUGCAUUUAGCACAAUUAUAGACUAAACUUUAAUUUUAAACAUCUUGUUCUUGGUUGCAAGCAGCAUAAACUCAUUAAUCUUAAUUUCUGAUUAGCAGCUAAAUGUUCCUUUCUAAAAAAAAAAUUGAGCCUCCGGUCAUUAUCUAUUUAAUGUAGCCAGAUUUACUGGUUGUGUAAGGACAGCUGAUACCACCCAUCAUCCAUGUGUUUGUGGCGAACAUAUUGAGCUGCUUGAGCCCUGUAAUAUUGGGUAUUGGGGCCCUAUAUAAAAUGAGCUAAACCUAUUUCUUUGAUUUAGCCUAAUUCACUAAACUGCUAAUUGUAUAGCAUUGACAAGGUAAUUGUGAAUUCUGUCCAAGAUGGCUUAUCUGGAAUAAAUGUUUAAUUGAAAAAUAUUCUUACUCCGAUAUUUGUUUUGCAAUUUCUUUGUCAAUUUUUGAAAUGUAGGUAAUAAACCAUAUAAUGUCCAAUGAAAAAAAAAUUAAAAUUAAAAUCAAUUUAAAUGUGAAGAUCUGUAUCGAGAUGUUUCAUUUGAAUACUUAAAUGCUGUACGUAAGUGUUGAUAGAGUUGGACCCUGCUAAGUAUUUUGUUUGAAACAAAUUGUCUUGGUGUGAUGCUUUGUUGAAAUGAGUCACUGUUUUUCGACUAUAGGUGCCUCUUGUGAACCAAUUGCUGAUAUUUUCCCACCAAGUCUCUUUGAUAAGUGUGAAAGGUUUUGCAAGGCAAUGUGACAAAGUGGCUGUGAUUUAAGGCUGUCUAUGGGCUAGUGUUGAUCUGGGGAUGGCUGGGUAGCAGAUGCAGUCAUCUCUGGAUAAUUUGUGGAUGUACGGUUCUUGAUCUGGCUACAUGUUUCCCUGAUCCCCGCUGUCUCUGACCAGGGUGACUGAUUAUUAAACGCUGGAGUGAUUCACGCAUCCCCUGCCAUCUGUGCGGGCCUUUUGUCUGUCGAACAAAGAGAGUUGAGAAUGGAGGUCUCUGUCUUUCAAAUGGCAGCGAUUAACUUGGGGCCUUCUCCUGCAUGAAUCAGAUCAGCAAGGCUGCAGCUAGUGACAGCGGUGAGAUCCUCAACACUGAAUCACUAGUGUCUCAAAAUUAGUUUCAAAAGAAGCGUGUAUUCCACAUUGAACAGUGUCCAUUAAAUCUGGUACAAGAAACAUGUAAAUAUCUGGCUGCACUAAUAGGAUGUAGAGAGCACUGUUGGAAUGUAGACUCCUGAAAAGUUUACAUUUAUCUAAUUUUUUAUUUAAUUUAAUACUGUCUUUUCAGAGAAAAUGCAGCGUUUACAAUACAGCCUAGUGAAAACUUCACUGGCCACUCCUUAGAUGGCUGCUAGAGCUGCUUCCUAUCUGUCUUGCCUAGUUUGAAUCACAACAUUCAGUAUAUCCUCCCUCUGCAUGCAGACACUGAACUUUCCUCAUAGAGAUGCAUUGAUUCAAUUAAUCUCUGAGAUGAUGCUGAUUGGUCAGGGCUGUGUUUGACUUGUGCUGGUUCUGCCCCUGAUCUGCCUCCUUCACAGUCUCAGCCAAUCCUAUGGGGAAGCAUUGUGAUUGCCUCAGAACAACACUCUUGAUGAUGUCAGCAGGCAGCUUGCUGUUCUGAGGCAAACAGGGACAAAACCAGCAGCUUCAGGCUUGAAUACAAGUAAGAUUUUACUAUAUUUAGGAAGGCAAGAGUGGGCAGGGGGACUAGAUGGUGGUAGUAACACUAUAGGGUCAGAAAUGUUUGUGUUCCUGACCCUAUAGUGUUCCUUUAAAGUAACGCUAAUAAGAUCAAAUACCUGUGAUGAAUUUCUUUUAAUUUUGGGUAGUUCUCUUGCAGUGUUGUAAAAUAUUUUGCUGUUUUCAGCAAUGUAACCCAGCCUCCUUAGCCACCCCCUCUCAAAUUCAACAUGUUCCCGAUUCCCAGGAAGAAACAUACCUUUUCAGCCAAUGAAAAUCGAGGCAUGUCUUGUCUAGUGUAAGGAACACACUGCACCAUAGAGAAAAGGUCAGAGCCCAUAUGUGCUCCUCUUCCUCUCUCCCUGUAAUGCAAGUAAUAAAUUCUCCUCCUGUACAGGUCAGCCAACCUCCCUAACCACUGUUGACCCCUUCCCUGUCAGCCAACCUCCCUAACCACUGUUGACCCCUUCCCUGUCAGCCAACCUCCCUAACCACUGUUGACCCCUUCCUUGCCAUUCCCUGUCAGCCAACCUCCCUACCCACUGUUAACCCCUUCCCCUCCAACCCCUGUUAAUUAAUUUUGAUAGCUAGGUGUAUAUAAUAUACAUAUUUAUGUGUGUGUGUGUAUAUAUGUGUGUGUGUGUGUGUAUGUAUAUGUGUAUGUAUAUAUAUAUAUAUAUAUAUAUAUAUUUACACAAAGCUCUAUAGGUGUUUAGAAUUUUGUUUCUUUAUAGUUAUUUAUAAUCAACAUAUGACAAUGUGAUACCUAAUGUGGUGAAGAAGUGUGUGUGUGUGUGUGUGUGUGUGUGUGUGUGUGAGAGAGAGAGAGAUGUGGUAUGUAUCUGAACGCUGUAUUUGUAGUGUAACUAAGGUUGAGUAAUUCUUGGGCAGGCAUUGUGGGCAUGUUGAAUAAUGCAAAUUACAUCAUGAAGCUCUGGUACGCCCCAUAAGGCGUGUCAUUACUGAUUCAUAGAGAAUCCCUGGAGCAUGGCCAUUGGUGGGGCCAGAAAGUAGGGAGAAAGCAAAGGGGGAAAUAACAUGCAAUCAGAGGAGGAGCAGUCAAUCUGAUCAAUAAAGUUGCUUGUAAAGCUCAUUUUACACUAUUUUUGGGGGCAAAAGGCAUUUAGUGGCAGUAGGUUUACGGGGGGAGGAGCCUUUUUGGGGGGGGGGUUUUGUUGUGUUUUUUUUUUAUUUUUUAUUUUUUUUUACCUAUACAGUUUUUAAUUCUGGGCUGACAGAUGACACCCUGGUGAUGCUGCCAGAGGUGGAGUUACAACUCUGGAAGUUGAGUUAAACUCUGUAUGUGCAGCAUUUCAAAGGAUUGUUGAAGUGGUUAUAGUGUGUGAACUAGCCCUUUAAAUUAGGAAACCGAGCUGGCUAUGUUUUUAUGUUAUUACUGAUAAUUAUGUAAAAAUUAUUUUGAAUAAUUCUAUGGCUAUUAUGGAAUAUAGAGUAUGCUUGUAAAUGCGUAUAGAUGAACCAUUGAGAAUUGAAGGUAGUUUCUUCUCGUUCAUAAAACGGGGGGAAAAAUACCCAUUCAAAGGAAGAUGUUUAUGUUCUGCUAAUUGGUGCAUGAAAUUGUCACUUAGCAUUGUCUCUUAGCAUCGUCUCUGACUGGAUGAAGAAGCCGGUGGCAGAAUGAGCAUUCCCGAUUCAUCUACGGGAAAAGAACACGUGGUAACAUGUGCCUGCAAACUCAGAAUGUCAACGACUUUUCUAUCGAUUCCCACAAAUCACCUGAUUUCUGACAUUGUGGCUUCUAUCAUUUGAAUCAUAAAAGAUCUGUGUGUUUAUUUACUAAACCAUGAGCUGUGAUGAGUUGAUAAUGAAAGAUAAUAUAACUAUGCAAGAGUAAUAUCUCUAAAGUAGCAGGGAUGGAUAGGUUUUCGCAAGUCAUUGAUUUUAGUGCGACUGUUCAGUCACAACAAUUCACUGUUUAGUGAAUAAACUCGUUUAAAAAUUGCAGUUGACAUGCCAAGCCACUGAGCUAUUUAAGCCAUCCUUUAAUUAUGCUGAGGUUCCUUUUUCCAGUUAAAUAUUUAUCACACAGUCCAAUAAUUAAAGGAACACUAUAGGGUCAGGAACACAAACAUGUGUUAAAAACACCAUCUAGCCCCCUGAUACCACCCCCUCCCUUGGCCUCCUAAAUAUAGCAAAAUCUUACCUUUAUUCCAGUCUACAGCUGCUGGCUCUGCCUACUUGGCUGACAUCAUUAGAAGUGUUGCUGAAAGCCAAUUACAAUGAUUUCCCAUAGGAUUGGCUAAACUUGUCAAGGAGGCAGAUUGGGGAAGAGCCAGCACAAGUCAAACACAGCCUUGGCCAGUCAGCAUCUCCUCAUAGAGUUGCAUUAAAUCAAUGCAUCUCUGUAAGGAAAGCUCAGUGUCCCCAUACAGAGGGUGGAGACACUGAAUGUAAGUGCUGCACACUGCAGCACUGCCCUAGGAAGCACCUCUAGUAGCUCUCUGAGGAGUGGACUGUGGAGGUAUCCCUAGGCUGUGGUGUAAACACUGCCUUUUCUCUUAAAAGGCAGUGUUUACUUUAAGAAGCCUGUAGGUAAUGAUGAUACCCAUCAGAACAAAUGCAAUAAGCUGUAAUUGUUCUGGUGACUAUAGUAUCCCUUUAAAUCAGAAGGACCGAAGAAUGGAUUGACAGGUGGGAGAAAAAACUAUUUUUGAAUAGAUUUUUCUCCCGAUCUAGAAUUUACUAGCAAACCUGCUAGCACAAUGUAUAGAUGAAACUUGGUCCUUUUUAAAAAUAGCAAAAGUAGUUUUGGUCAUGAUAGGUGCCCUUUAAUGCAUGGUUAAAUUAGGGCACUGCUGUGUCAUCAGAGAACUUUGAUGCAAAUUUUCUACAAUGGAAUCCUGUGAAAUUGUAUAUCUAUUGUUCUCUAUGCGAAUUGAGACUGGGUUUAAGGAACAUUUAAAAAGUAGUUUAAUGGUUUCAUUCGGUAAAAUGGACAUUGCAAUUUUACAUGAACCUUGUUUUGAUAUGAGAUGCAGACAUUUACUGCCUCCUGGCAAUGGGGAAAGCCUCGGAAAAUGAGCCAUUUUUAUUUUGAUAAUCACAGUUGGGCUGCUUAGAUUGUAGUAUGUUGCCCUACGGCUCAUUGUCUGAUGUACAGCCUGUCACGCAAGCACCAUCAAGGGAGAGCGCAGUCGACACCUUAUGUCACCAACAGAUUAAUAAAACAUCUGUUUUGAGACGUCUAGCACUAUGUAUGAUGUUCUGUAUCAGGGCUAUGCAGUGUUUUAUGUAGAGUACAAAUUACAGUGCCAAAAUGAUGGUAGUGUCGGAGUAUACUUGCAUAUGCUCUAUAUAACAUCCAUAUUGUAAAGGGUUGGAAAGAAGGCUUGAUAGAGGGUAGAAAUGGCAUAAACUGUAUUAACAAUAGUGCUUGUGAAGAAUGCUUUUAAAUGCAUUGGCAUCGUUGACAUCAGAUAUGCCAAUAGACUUGUAGUAGUUAGUUUGCAUGCUUAUACCCCAGUGGGGAGGCAAUAAAGAUCUAUUUUUCUCCUCUUCACUAGACCUUUUGAUUGUGCAUGGUCAAAGCUCCUCAUUUCAGAUUAUCAUGGAAUCGAUUUGUUAGCAGACUAUUUUUUUCCAAACAUUUCUGUGCUGAGUAAUAUCUGUCGGACCCACUUUAACCAGAGGGUCACCCGAUAACAAAGCAUUCUAUAAUUUACUGCACAUGCAUUUGUGUUAAAUCCGUUUUUAUUGAAAUCAAUAUAGAAAACCAUUUUCCCAUGCAUGGGAUGCAAUGCACUCUUGGCGAACCGUAUAAGAAGCAGUGUAGGUAUAGCAGUGGUACAGCGACUUUUGCCUGCACCGAGGCACAUGAUGUGUUAAAUCAGUUGUGAUUGCUUUCAAUGAGUUAAACAGGUUUCCCACGCGGGGGAAGUACCGCGUACGUUGCAAUUAGGAUGAGAUGUGGUUUCAGCUGUUUUGGUUAGCUCAUAUUGAGAAUUAACGCAUUCGCUUUGUUGCACAUGCAUUUGGACCAACAUUUGUAUUUGGCUUUUGAUGUUAAUUUCAGUAACUUUUCUAGAUCCACUCAAUUUAGUUUCUAAAACGUCUCCUGAGUUAAUGAGAAAACUAUGGGAAUCUCGAUCAGUGGAGAUCUGCUAAGUAGAGAACAUGCGAACUUCAUAGAUAAAAUAUUGAAAAUUUUAAUUAUUUAAAAAUCCCAUUUGGAUAAAGUGCCUGCUUUUGUAUAGUUACGUCAGUCCAUGCUGGAAUUCUUUCUGGAGUCAGAAAAUAGAUUUGUGCUACUGAACCUGCCAACCUCAUGGUCCAGAACUCAAUCUAGUCUUCAGUCUACGAUAGCAAAGCAAAUUCUGCAGCAUAUUCCUGUACGGGUCUCUUGUUUGAUAUUGUGAGAAUUGUGAUAAGCCAUGGAGAAUCCUGCAGUAAGAAGUCUGAUUGGCAUCUGCAAUUUCUAAGAUGUUUCUACUGUAGACAAGGUCAUUCUUUUCCCCAGGUGUUUCACGGUUGGGUACCUUUUCUUUAAGCUAUGCUUUUCUAUGCAUUGAAAGUGUGUGUCUUCUUGACCUUCUAAUGAUUGACUAUCCCAUGUUCAAUCUAUGUAUUGCAAUAAUUGCAAAGAGUUGUAAGAAUGGUAGCCAACAAGCGCAGACAUCCCUGGUCAAGUUUGGGAGGAUUCUACUCCAGUGCAAUUUGUGAAGCUGUUCAACAUUCUAGAGAUAUGCUGCUAAUUCUCAUUUCAUCUGGGCUAUAGGAUCAUAUUGCUAUCUCUGUUUGUUUUUAAAUAGAAGAGAAUUCGGAGAAGAAGAAUAAAUAUGUGCUCGGUGGAACAAGAUGUAAUAGAAUGGCUGUGUAUGGUGUUGUACUGGAGGGAAUAGGCACCACAUAAUUUAGAGAUAGCGUAACCGAAUAUAAAUUGUAGUCCUAAAUCCUGAUAUCUUGACCAUUUGGAGUCUCUGGUGAGAGCCAACAUUAUUAUUCCACUAACAUUUGGAGUGCUGGUUUGUGUCCUUGCAAAGCGGAUGCAGUACUUUCUAGUAUACAUACAUUGAGUGUUUUAAAUGAUUUCUUGUUAAAAUCAGAAGCUGUCUAAAUGCUAAGAGUGUGUUACACAUAACUACACUGUUUUUAAGUUAAAGGGACACUAUAGUCGCCAGAGCAACUACAGCUUAAUGUAGUUGUUCUGGUGAGUAUAAUGGCACCCUUCAGGUAUUUUCAUGUAAACACUGCCUUUUAAGAGUCCCUAGGGACAUCUCCAAGUGGCCACUCCUAAGAUGGCCACUGGAGGUACUUCCUGGCUCAGGGCUGCACAAUAAGCAACCCUGCCGUUCAGCGUCCCCAUGCUCUGCAUGGAGACGCUGAAUUUUCCUCAUAGAGAUGCAUUUAUGCAACGCAUCUCUAUGAGGAGGUCCUGAUUAGGGAAAACAGCAUUUGGCCCCGCUACAUGCUGAUUUUAGCCAAUCCAAUGCUUUCCCUAUGGAAAGGCAUUGGAUUGUCUAAAAAAUCAGCCAUUUUGAUGAUGUCACAAAGGGAGCAGAGCCAGCGACAGCGGACCUGCACAGCGCUGGAAAUAAGGUGAGUUUUAACCUAAAGGAGGGCAAGCCACCUAAAUGGUGGGUUUAGCACUAUUGGGUCAGGAAUACAUGUUUGUGUUCCUGAUCCUAUAGUGAUUCUUUAAUACUGGAAUGUAAGGAAUUGUGUUAAUCCAUCAUUUAUAAAAACUGGAUACUUUAUGCUAUGCUGUAGCUACAAUUUAAUGUAAAGAUAUUUUUCAAUUUAUUUGGCUGGGCUGUUCUUUGAAAUAGAACAUACUCUCUAUCAUUUCUGUUUGUGAGUGUUAGGAGUUGGUAGUUAUUUCCACAAUCUCAGAUGAUCUAAUUAAAUGUAUUUUUAAUUGGAUUAUUAAAAAAACAAUUAAAAGACCAUAGUUAGGGGCCUUUUAGAAUUAUAUGCAUAAUGCAUUUAACUAGAAAAUCCAGAAAAGGUAGCCAACGGCUAAACUUCUAUCCACAAAGUGCCUGCUAAAUCUAUUAAUAUUCAAUACACUUGUCUCCCUCAUAGUGAACAAUAAACUCUUCUCAAAGUAUAACCGUAUCAUAUCAGGUACUCACGUUUGCGUCAGCAAAAUAAAGCUAGUCAGGCCUGAAAAAAAUAUCUUCACGCAGACCUAAACAUUUCUUAAAAUCCAUGAUUUUUUAUCAUUUUUAAUUACUUUAGCUUAAAGUUUUAAAAAAAUGGCAAACAAAAUCCACACAACAGUGCAGUUUGUCCAAAAUAGUUUCGUACAAAAUGGGUUUGUAUGUAAAACUUGUCAGGCUCUGUUCACUUGAGUUAGCAUGUUCAUCUCCCGUGUUAAAAUUAGUGUAGGACCCACCAAUAUUGAGAUACUGUGAAUUAGUGGUGGGCUUAAUAUGAUAUGGCUAAACGGCAACUGAAUUACCAUAUUUGUUUGCCAAGAUAGGUGAUAUUAAGUAACCUUUCAAAAUUUAAAGCUGUAUUUUUAUUUUUUGUUUGUGUGUGUGUGUGCUGUUCCUUUAACUGUAUUUAUUUUUUUUUACCAACAUUGUUGUUGUGGCUCUUCCUCGAGUAUAGAGCCAUUCUUGAACUGUUUAACCCUGAAGUCUGUGUCCCAGCUCCGAUCUCUAUCUUUGGAACUCCCCCUCCUCCCCUGUCCUAUCGCUAUUUGGAAUCUUCGAUAACGGAAGGCUUGGGCAUGGACGCUGCUGAUUGGCUUGGAGCAUCAGCUGACCACUCUAAGCCAGCUAGUAGCUCCCCAUUGAUUUAAAGAUUUUUUUUUUUAAAUUUUUUUUUUAGUAUACAGUUCUGGAGGACAAGGCAUGCCAAAAUAACUUUUUAUUUUUAUUCUUUAUUUUUUAUUUUUUUUAAUUCUCUUUUAUUGAGUGAUUAAUGCAUCAUACAAUACAAGGUAAAUAAAAGUCAAGUCACGCAACAAAUUGGUGAGAAGAUUAUUGCUCGUGUACAUAUGUAGCUGGUGGUAAUCAGUUUACCAGCGGUGCGUAGUAUGCUUUAAAUCACAGUAGAGUAUACUUUUUAGAGAGUUAGAAGGUUAGACAGCGUAGAGUCUAGCGUUUACAAACUGGAUAACCACUCAUUUUGUAUAAAGUACAUGAAAAGUUGCAGGUUAGUCAGCGGCCAAAAUACAUUUCUGUCUAGGUGACUUGGGUACCCCUCUGAGAAAAGGCAAUUGUCUAAAGAUAAAUGUAAUGAGAUGAAAAUCUCAGAUUGAUGGAUCUACUAUAAAUGAGCAGUGAUUGGCACAGGCUGCGGCAAAUAAUUGUAUGAAUCCAUAUACUGCAGUGUUAUACUGGAAAAAUUACUAGACUGGCAAUUUAAUACAAAUUUCUAGUAAUAAGAAAGAUACCGCAAUUUGGCAAACCAUAUAAGUAACGGGUUGCAGACGUCUGCCUUUAUCUCCGCCAAUAAUUAGCAUGCUGACUGUGCAGUAUUUAUAAAGCGCUAUGUGGAUCCAAGUGAUACGUUUUAUGAUCUUGUCUUUUUUUUUCUUCUAUUAGCAUCUCAACAAUAAUUUUAAUUUGCUUGCUUUUACUUUUCCUAUUCCUGCUGCUGCCAUGUUCAGGUAAGGAUACGCUUUGGCUUCGGGAACCAAAUCUGUCAGGAGCUCACUUCAGUGCUAUACUCAUUAUAACAACACUGAUGUCUAUGGUGGCUCCUGUGAGAGCCACCAUAGACAAGUCUUGUUUCUUGACCGCGUUGACUCCGCCUUUUUGUCAAGCGCAGAAAAAAUAAAUAUGACAAAGUAGUUCCUUUUUACUGCGUUGGAAUUUUAUCUUUAUAAAAAAAAUACUCAUUUGUGAAUUGGGGAAGAGAGGCGCUUUAAAGAACCACUAUAGUGCCAGGAAAACAAACUUUUUCCUGGCUCUAUAGGAUCUUUGGGUCCCCCUCCAGCCGGGCUCAAGAGCCUCGGGGCUGGGGACUCUCCUCUCUUCCGACAUCAUCCGACAUCAAAGCUUUCCUAUGGACGGCAGCAUCUUCUCACUGUGAAAAUCACAGUGAGAAUCGCGGAAGCGCCUGUAACGGCUGUCAGUGAGACCACCACUAGAGGCUGGAUUAACCCUACAGCUGCAGGGUUAACUCUAGAUCGACCUGGCACCCAGACCACUUCAUUGAGCUGAAGUAGUCUGAUUGCCUAUAGUGGUCCUUUUAGGUGAUUUCAACUCCUGCAGGUUCGCUUCUGUGAUUUCAACACAAGCCUCCUCUGAGACGGCAACACACCGGUUUUAUUGCCAGCAUGUCUCCGUCUGAGUUAAGUCAGUGCUAGCAGCGUGAGCGAGCAAGUUUCCAUCACAACCACAGCGCAUGCACAGUGGUUGCUAUGUAUAGAGAGCAGAAAGACUGACUGUGGGAGAUUUUUUCUGCUUUGACCUUGUCCGUCAAUUCCUCAGCAUAGAGUCUAUGCCGAAGAUUUGACUGACAGUUGGGAGAAAGACCUAUUUUAAAAUAGUCCUUCACUCUUCCCACCCCCCCUAAAUUAUACAUUUGCUUUUAAUUACAUGUUGGAAAAAGCCCAAAACUUUGCUAGUAUUUUGGCAUUCAGGUUUUUUUUACUCCCUAUGAAAAUGAUCAGCUGUGAAAAUGAAAACCUAUUUUAAAAUAGUCCUUCACUCUUCCCACCCCCCCUAAAUUAUACAUUUGCUUUUAAUUACAUGUUGGAAAAAGCCCAAAACUUUGCUAGUAUUUUGGCAUUCAGGUUUUUUUUUUUUUUGGUUUUUUUACUCCUUAUGAAAAUGAUCAGCUGUGAAAAUGAAAAAAAAAAACAUGAAAAGUAACAAAAUAUAUGUGCACUUUUCAUUGUUGUGAAUGGGCCUGGAAAAAGCAAACGUUACACUUUUUUGAGAAAUGUAUGCAUUUAUAAGCAUGUUCUUUUUGGAAUGGAAUUUGUGAAUUUUUUUUUCUUUUUCUUUUUUUUUUUUUUUUCUUUCUCUAAAUGGUGAAUUAAAAGCAGACAAGCAAAUUUGUCUAACAUUUUCAAUAUAUGACUAUAACUGCAUAGCCGAUUUGUAAUACAUCUCUAAUCAAUUAUGCAUUUUUUUCCCCAUCCGUUAUUUACAUCAAAUCAUAAAUGUAUAAACCCCUAAGUUUUUUUUGUUUGUUUUUAACACCUGUUUAAAUUACAAGGAAAUGUAUUAUUUUCCGUGGGUAAAUACACAUCUUUGUGAUGUGUCAGAGGGUGUUUCUUAUUAAAUUCAAUUAACAACUUUCCUUAAAUCAUGAAAAGAAAGAGAUAAUAUAAUCGCCCAGGGAGUGUAUGCACCAAUAUAUCAAAGUAACUUGUUUGUUGUUCGUCUUUAAUCAGGAGUAGAGUUUAAUUCCUACAAAACCUAUCGUGUUUGAGACGAGAAUGACAUGCUUACUAUGGAAACCACUCACGCCAUGUAAUGAAAGGUAUCGCUCUGGGUUUCUGUAAGCCUCUAAUCAGCUUAUUUGUGGGGCUGGGUCAUGUGACUGCGAGUAACCACAUGUUGUUUGGAUUAAACUAGAAGAAGGAAUUAAGAUCCUUAAUCUGGAGGGCACUCGACAGGUCAGUUUAACUGUUAAAAACUUGGUCUUGAAUGGCUGUAUAAUAUUUACCCUCCCAAGAAAAACUUAAAGGGAAACUCUUAGCACCCUAAAUACUUGCUUAAUGUGUUUCUUGGCACAGAGACUGUUCUUAAAGUGAAACUAUAGUGCUAUAUCACAAUGCCUCCCUUUAGUGUGCCUUACACCCCUCCUCCCCCGGUGCUGCCUUUCCUACUCCUCAUCGGCAGGAUGGACCUAAUGCGCAUGGACUAGUGCUUUCCUAUGGGGUUUUGGGUAUUGCUGCAGAACAUGAACAUUUUGUGCGUUACUAUGAGAAGACAUGGUAGCUCUGAGCCUGCCUCCACUCAAUAUUGCCAUCACUGGAAUUUCAGGGAGACUAGCUGCAUUGCUAAACAUAAGAGUAAGAGCCUCUAGGCUUGGACUGAGCCUUGAUUAUCAUAUUAGGAUGGCACAUCUUCCUGUGUAUCUGUCAUGCAUUAUUUCUCUGCUCUUGAUAAGGAAGAGUUACAUUUGGAGAAAAAAAUAAAUGAUCUGGAUAGAAGUAAGCUAGCAAGUGCCGGUUGUGGCCAGCAAUCGUUCAUUCCAUCUUAAUGGUCAAAAAAACUAAACUAAACCUAGUAGGUUUCUGUGUUAUUAAUGAGACCAGACUUUAUUUUAAUGUCCUCACCACUGCAAGCCUGGAGGGUGUAUGACACACUCAUUUAUGGGUGGAUUUUUACUUGCCAAGGUUGAAUUUCACUCCUCGGUGGCUAGUGGGUGAGUUGAAAUUCUGAGCAUUGCAUGGGAUACAUACCUGUAUUCAGGGUCGGACUGAGGAUACAAAGCAGCACUGGGAGAAAACACACAGACAAGCGUAUUGGUAUACACACAUAGUACAGACAAACUCUGACACGCACAAGCUUUCUACAGACAGGCUCACUACAAAAUAGCUCACUGAUACACACAUGCUUUCUACAGACAAGCUCACUGUCACACAAAUGCUCAGUACAGACAAGUUCACUGACACACACAUGCUCCCCAUAGAAAAGUUUGUAAUAAACAUGGUCUAGAUAUUCUGUGGCCACAAUUUAUUUUUUCCUGCGAACGAGUCAUUGGCACAAUGCCACACCUACAAUGGAACAGAUAUGAUGAUAUGCUUCUAAAACCUCGCUUUAGAGGGAUCUGGUUAUAUAUGCAGUGGAGAACCUCAGACUUUAUCAAACCGUUCCAAAACAAUCUGACCGAAUUCAUGAGCAGUAUGCACCGAUUAGUAGAGCUAUAACCAAUGUCGCACAUACACACACAAGCUCACUCACUAGCAGUCACACAUACACACCAGCUCACUCACUAGUAGACACACGCAUGCAAGCUCACUCACUAGCAGGCACACACACACAUACAGCUUAAUGUAGUGGUUCUGGUGUCUAUAGCCUUUCCCUGCAGGCUUUUCAAUGUAAACACUGACUUUUCAGAGAAAAGGCAGUGUUUACAUUGCUUCCUAAUGAUGCCUCUAGUAACAGUCACUCACAGUCACUAGAGGUGCUUCCUGUGUCAAUGCUGUACAGUGUGCAGCACCUACAUUCAGCACCUCCACGCUCUGCAUGGAAGCGCUUAAUGUUCCCCAUGGAGAUACAUCAAUUCAGUGCAUCUCUAUGAGGAGAUACUGAUUGGUGUAGCAUUUUGCAUUUGCAAAACAUUUAAUUGGCUGAGAUCAUCAAACUUGAUGAUCUCAGCCAUAGAGGCAGGGCCAGUCGAGGGGAGACAAGCGCGGUGUGUGGGAAUAAAGGGUGAGUAAAAACACUAUUCCCUUGCCAAUGGAAAGGGUUUGAUAACCUAAACACACACAUACACCAUCAUCACACACACCAUGACAGACCUAUACACUCACACUGACAGACUGACUCACACAUUAUUGCUAUCUGUGGGAUCCAGUGGGUGACCGGCCAGGUGUUUGUGCAGGUGGGCGGCAUGCUGGGUGGUCGUACAGGGUGGGCAGCUGGUGGCGCAUGUAUGGAGCGGUGCUGUCUCUGCUCCCCAGCGUGCAACUUAAUGAGACCAGGGCCGGAAUAUGACGUCCUAUUCCGGCACUGGUGUCAUUAAAUAGCACGCGGUGGAGCAGAGCAGAGACAGCACAGGUCUCCCACCAGCUGUCUGCUGCCCAUCGGGAAACUUCCCGGUAUCCCGGUGGGCCAGUCUGGCCCUGCCUGUAUUUCACCUGUGGCUCGUCAUUGGGAUUCCAGAUGUUUUUAGCAAUGAUAAGCUAAAUGCUGCUGUGAGAGCAUGUAACCCCGCUAAGUAUCAAAAGUGUUCUAUGUCUGCUCUUGGGCUGGCUCAGUAUCAAGAGAGUGUGGAGCCUUCUCUCUAGCUGGCUCAGCACAUUUAGAGCACUGUGAUCACCAGAUUGAUCACCAAACCUUGCUGAAUGCCAUGGAAGCAGAAAGCCUGGCUGACUGAGGAUGAUGAGAAAUGUAGUCCACAACAGCUGGAUAGGCAAGGAUUCGUCAUCACUGACCGAAUUCUUCUGUCGUGGCCAUUGAAGCCAAAUUAAACAAUCCACACCUAAAUGUUUUAAGUCGAUCCCCUGCCAGCAGUUUUGGCUUCUCUUGCUGGUCCUUAACCAUUUUCUUACCCUUCUUAAUUAUAUGUAGAGUAUCGUUCUGUAGCAGCUGUGUUUUUAUGGGGGUUUUUUUCCCUCUCUUCCUUUUAAACUUGGCUUGGUGUCUGCCAAUGAUGACAAAGUCUUUCUCAAAAAUGUAUAUACAUCCCUUCUACCACUCCUUAAAACUACACUUUAAGGAUUAUUCGCUUGAGAAUUCAAAGUGAAUUUCUAAUUAAAGAUCAAAAUAUCCCAACUGUAAAAAUUCUCCAAGUCACCUUUGCUUUGUUUCUAUUUUUACCUUAAAUUUGGAAUUUUCACUUUAUUAAAUAACCCUCAGUUUGUCAUUCUGGCAUGAUAGAUUGACUCCUAGUUUGAUGUUUGUAUUUAUUGUAUCUUUAAUAUGUGAUGCGCAUUUUAGAACCAAUACUCAAAAUGGAAUGCUAACAUCUAAAGUAACAACCUCUUCAAUAACUAGAAAAACAAAUUGCUAUUGAUUGUGUGAAAUGUUUAACAAAAAUCUUUGUGUUGAUGUGAUGGCAGGGUCAGUCUCUGACUAUUUUGAACUGGAGCUCCAUGUGCUCGUGGCGUACCCCUUGCUUUUGGUGUGCAUACCACAGGUAAAGAAACCAGUUUCAGAUACAGCAAAUGUUAUGCUUCUGGGGUAAAGGAACUUUAUAGUCCCCCCAAAAAAGUGGCUUAAUAAAGCCGUGAUGGUGUACAGAUCAUGUCAGUGCAGUCUCACUGCUCAUUUCUCUGCCAUUUCUGAGUAAAUCACUUUUGAGUAUGUUUAUCCAGCUCAUGCCAACCUCUCAUGGCUGUGACUCACACAGCCAGAUGUUAACUUACUUUAGACAUUUUUAUCUCCUGCUCUGUAAAUUGAACCUUAAUUGCACAUGCAGGUAGGUGUGAUUAGGGCUGGAUAAACAAAGUUAUUUAACUCCUAAAUGGCAAAAGAUUGAGCAGUGAGACAUGAUCAAUACAUCAAAACCGCUUCAUUAAGCUGUUUGGUGACAAUAUAGUGUCCCUUUUAACACACCUCUAGUGGUAGAAAGCCACUAGAGGCACUUUUGAUAAUUCGCUCUAUUAUUCAAUCAAAUGCUGCUCAGAGAGUGAGCUUGAUUGUCUCAAUGUUUUGCCAUGAAUGCACCGCCAAGGGGAAGCUUUGGAUUGUCUGAGAUCAUAAAGAUAUUUUGGGCUAAAACAGCAUUAAAGGGGCACUAUAAGCACCUGGGCCACUUCAGCUCAUUGAAGUGGUCUGGGUACAGUGCCCCUAUUGCAGUGCCCCUAUUGCAGUGUCCUUAUUGUUCCAAAGAAACAGCAAUGUUUACAUUGCAGCACUAAGUCUGCCUUCAGUGGCUGGAUCCAGAAAAUUCCUCCAGUGGCUGUCUGAUAGACAAAUGGGCCAUUGGUCGGUAAGUGAUGCUGGACGUCGUCAUGCUCCACAUAUUCACAUCCAGCAUCAGAUUGUCCCACGUAGGAAAGCAUGACUUCGAUGCUUUCCUAUUGGGAGGUCUAAUGCGUGCGCAGCAUGUGCCGCGCAUGCUCAUCACGGGAUGCCGGAGGAGGCGGAGCCGUGAUCCAGCGCCGAGGGACAUCGGCGCUGGGGUAAUGUCAGUAAAUAAAAGGUUUUUAACCCUUUUAUUCACGUUGGUAAGGGGAAGGCAGAGGAAGCUAUAGUGCCAGGAAUACAACUUUGUAUUCCUGGCAGUUGUAGUAUCUCUUUUAACUGAUGUAGCAUUCUUGGGACUGCUUUUUUUUUUUUUUUUUUUUUUUUUUUUUAAUUUAUUUUUUUACAGCUUUGCAUCCAGCUAGUUGGAAGUACAUUUAGCAAUUACAGUGAAUAAUUUACAAAACAAAUGCAUAUUAUAAGGGUAUGUUUUGUAGAAGAUAAAGAAUGCAGACAGCCAUCUGCAUUGUACCGUUUGCAAAUUACAGGAAUUAUUUCCCUCUAUAUUGAUGAUCUGAUACUAUGUCUGUCUGUUUCUUUUGUCAUUUUUAUGUGGUUUGGCUUUCUGUAUUGUGGUACCGCCAUUAUUUCAAAUGGUCUCCUACAAAACAGCAGAGGAGUUUGGGGGAUGAGGUGGGACAGAUACUCUGGACUGUAUCAUGACGAGUUAUCUGUAAAUUCCAUGUUACUUUGACAUAAGCCAUGUCCUUGUUGUGUUUUCAUAGCAGCUGAUCCUGUGUGCUCCUCUUCCUGCAUUACCUGUUUCUUUUAAUCAGAAAUCAAAGUCUCAACCUGUCUCUGUUUAUUCUGCCCCCCCAGGAUAGAUAUGUCAUUGUGCACUCUUGGUUUCCCACGGUGUUCUUUAAAGGAAACCAGUCAUGGAAAACUUGUUUUCAUGGCCUGUACUUUUAAAUGUAGUUCAGAAUUAUAACAUAUGUUCUUUUUAAAUGUUUUGCUGAUGUAGCAUAUUUUUUAUUUUUUAUUUUUUUCUUCUUCGUCUUAAUCUUACUUAUUUAGUCUCUAUAAUACGCAAUACACCGGGGUUUGUUCACUAAGAAUGAAGUAAUAGAGAAUUGGAAACUAAAUAGUACAAUUUAGGUAAAAAAAGCUGAUUCUGGGCUAUUUACUAAAGUGAGAAUUCAAAGUGAAUUUCACCUUUAAAGCCCAAGUUACCAAAAUUAAAGGACCCAGACCACUUCCUCUUGAGAAGUGGUCUGGGUGCAGUGGCCCUUUAUAGUUUUAACCCUGCAAUUUAAAACAUGGCAGUAUUGUUAAAACUGCAAUGUUUUAAUUUGCAGGGUUAAAUACAUCCCAAUGUGGCUGUCUUCCUGACCAUCUCUAGAGGUGCAUCUCGUGUGAAAACCGAAUCCAUUUAAAUCAGAUGCUGCUCCCAGAGAGCAUUUAAUUGGUGCAGAGAGGUUUGCCGUGAACACUAGUUGCCCCGAAGCUUCCCUAUGGCCAAACAUUGGAUUGGCUGAGAUCAUCAAAAUUGAUCCCAGCCUGGGCGUUGAACCGGUGAGACCAACACUGCUAUGGUCUCAACUUUGCUAUUUUUAGGAUUUUUCAAUUAUUUUAUUUAUAGAUCGCCAGCAAAUUCUGUAGCACUGUACAAUGGGAUAAUUAUUGGAUAUGUUGAUAUACGGUAUGUUACUCCUUUCACUACAGUCCGGUGUUUCAUUAACAAAUACACAACGUUCAAUUCAGCACAUAAAAGAAGCAAACACAUAUGUGAGUCAUAGAGAUAGAGAUCUAGAAAUAAACUGUGGGUGGUUUUUUUUUAUUUUCUUUUUCUGUCUUAUAAUGAAUGGAACAUUGAUAGAGAAGACAUUCCAUGUAUAUUAACCCAUUGAUCCUGCUGGCACACAAAGCUCACCUUUAGAAUCUAUUAUUGGACCAAUAUGCUCUCUAUAUAACAAAGCAAAUUUGACUAUUAGGUUUAAAAGGAUACUCCAGGCACCAAUACAACUUUGAUAGAUGCAUUUGAUAGAUUUUGUCCUCAUUAAGAUGCUGUAUUUUUUUGCAUGCUCAAACCUUUAUAGUUUAUGCACUAAAAAAGGUUUUGCAGAAUGCUGUAUCAUAAGCCUGUCUCCUAAGCGACGCCUUUCAUGUCAGAAAGAUUUCUUAUCAACCACAUGCUCAAAGUCUCAGUCACAACAGCACUGAGUGGGAGUCUUAAAUUACAACCUGGCUGCAGACAGUCUGAGAAACUACAAACAGGUGAUAUCCUUCUCAUUCAGUACUGUCACUAGCUGAGCUGUGUACAUAUCUUUGAAAAGGAAGUCUUUUUCUGAAGUGCGGGGGUGUGGCUAAAGAGGCAGGCUUACGGUGCAGCAUUCACUCAAAACAUUAAUUGUUUCAUGAAAAAAACUAAAGAUUUGAGCAUGCAAAAAAAUACACCGUCAGUGGCAGAACUAAAGACAGGACCCUGGUGCAAGGGUGGCCAAAAUAUAGAUUUCCCAUUUGUCGUACAACUCCCACAAUACUUUGCCAGCUGUGGAUUUUACCAUUUGUCCAUCCUUGCAGGGUUGUAUUUAGAACUGAGCAGUUUUUUUUCUGUGUUUGAAUGUAAGCAUGUUUGUAUGUUGUAUGUGCGUGUGUGAAUGUAGGGGUGAAUUUGUGUGUAGUGUGGUGUGUUUUCAUGUGCUGUUUUAAAAGUUUAGUAAAAGAUAUACACACAUGCAAACGCAGGACACACACUAACAAACAUACAGAUAUACACAAGCAGAAACACAGAUGCACAGAUACGCACACUGACACAUGUAGAUACAUACAUAUACAAGGACUCACAGAAACACACUGACGCCCAUGCAAAUAUGCAUACACACUGUCAUGCCAAAAGCAUGAGUUGGUGUUUGAUGUGUGUUUAUAUAUGUUAAGAGUUGUUUUUUUGUAAACCUUGGGAUGACAUUUAUUGUGGUCUUUGAUCUUGCACCAGGCCUAGACCAUAAAACAUCUAGAUAGCCAUCACCAGAGCUGGACACAAGGAAUUUCAUAGAGUGGGCAAUAGACUGCCAGACCAACCCCCUCUGAUCCCCCCCAGGGGUCUGCCCACUGAGAAACAACUAGUUUAGAUAUAUGAGGGUGUUGGACUAUCCAGGGAGGUCAGUUAUUCAUUUUUUCUUUUGUCAGUAACUUCUAGGAGACCUAUACCAUCUAAGACUCCCACAAGAAUUCUAUAUGGGGUAAAUAUAUGUAAGGAAUUUCUUGUGUUUUCUCCUAUUUUAUUUUAUGUACUGUUUUGCAAUUUGUUAUCUGUAUGUCAUUUAUUUCUGUAUUUUGUACUCAGCACUGUGAAUCCUUUUUGUCAGAUUAAAUGUUUACUUAAUCAGCUUGUGUCUCUGUUCUCUAUGAGCUUCACUCUCCAGAGGAAAGCUCAGGUAAACACGUUACCAAAAAGGGUUAACUAUAUAUGUUUUAUCAGUAAAAGUAGAACUGUGAUACUAUAAUUCUCCUGUGUGUGGGGUAACCUAAGACGCCCGGGUUUAAAAGUCUUGGUGGUGGCAGUAGAGUAUGUACAAAGGGGGUUAGUGUAGAAGGGAUUGCAGGGGUUAAUUGAGUGGUUGCUGGGACUAGCAACAGGUAACCAGGGGUCUGGUGUCAUUAACCCUGUCACUUCCACACUCUCCUCACUGUCUCGGCUGGGCCUAUAGCCCACGCUCGUGACACACACACUAACACAUAUGCAGUUACACAGACACACAGAAUGAUACAGACACACAAACACCCACGCAUGCAACAUCUAAAUUUCUUAGCCACCCUCUUGUUUCCUACCUUCUGGGUCCAGACAGCUGCCUAUAACUCUCCCAGUCCACACUACCUCUUCUCCGCCUUACUCCUGCGCGGCUCUGUGUUAGCUUGGAGUAAAUGAUCGGCCAACAGAAGGGUCCCCUCAGCAUGUGUGCCCCAGUGCAGCUGCACCAGCGGUUAUUCCGCCGCUGUACAGCAUAAGACCAGAAUCUAUCAAAUGCAUUAAAAUCAUGUUGAUGCCUGGAGUGUUCCUUUAAAGGACCACUAUAGUGCCAAGAAAACAUACUCGUUUUCCUGGCACUAUAGUGCCCUGAGGGUGCCCCUCCCGCCCGGCUCUGGGGAGAGGAAGGGGCAAACACUUGCCUUUCUCCAGCGCCGGGCAGGGAGCUGUACUUCUCCUCUCCUCUUUGCUCGCGACGUCAUCGGCUGAAUGCGCAUGCGCGGCAGGAGCCGCGCGCGCAUUCAGCCGGUCGCAUAGGAAAGCAUUUACAAUGCUUUCCUAUGGACGCUUGCGUGCUCUCACUGUCAAAGAUCGGUCAGGUAGCCUAAAUAAUCCCGGUCUAGUAAUGGCUUCCACAAUGAUAUUGUAUAAUUUUGCCUAUAGAAAACUACAUUGUUUAACACGUGCUUUUUAUCUUUUGGCUGCUUUUCUGCUACUGCAAGAUCAAUUUGGGGAUCUGACAUGUGAAUUUACUAACCUGCUGUAGAGAAACGUAAAAAAAAAAAAAAAUCAAACCACAGGAGCCUUGUUAUCUGGCAUUUACAGGCUGACUUUGAAAUGUGAAGUCUGAAGACAGGCUUAAUGAAGUGAAAUGGAGUAUUAAUUAUCUAGAUGGGCAUGGUUGAAGCUUCACGAGAUGAGCAUUGAGAAGGGUACACGCACAAGACAAGUCUUCUUUGUAGUGACUACAUUUUUUGUUGUAUGUAUCUAGAGAUCCUUCAGACCUUUUAAUAAAUACUUGCACUGAAUCUAUGUAGCUCGUUCUCAGUUCUGAUAAUCAAGGGUUCGAAUACGAAUCCUUCUGAACAUCGCAAUUUGGCUGGACUUAUUUGUAUUCUUAAAAAAACGCGCCAGGCAACAUCACUACUAUGGUGCUUUGUAUUGGCUAUAGAACCAGGAGUGCUCUGAAAUUCCCCAUCCUCCAUGGUAUUCUUACCCAAGGGCCUGCCCCCCUUUAAGAAUAGUUUGACUUUUUAUCUGGGGUCUGCUGGGCAUGGCUUGGCACUUCCACUACAUCCACCAGAGUACUUCUCCUGCUUAGGAGUUUUCUUUGGCUGUCAGCUGAUUUCAUCAGCUGAUUCCUCUCACCCAAUGAGCUAAGCUCUGCACUGCCAAUGCCAUCUCAGACAGAAAGCUUCUUGCUCUACAUCAGUAGUAGAGGCAGGUAGCAGUGCCCAGCAAACCAUAGGUUACAUGUCAGUGUUCUAAAACCAUUCUAUAAAAAUCACUGAAUCCAAUGAUUCUCAUAGAGAAACUUUGAGUGCACACAGUGACUGUUGUCAACAUACUGACAUCGGACAUCAAAAUGUGUUCGGAAUUGAAUCAUUUGAAUUGUCUAGUCAGGAGCCUCUAGGCUUGGAAAAUGCAAAAGGUAAACGGCCAUGUCUACAACAGUAAGUAUGAAGGUCAGCAACUGUGCUCCAAAAUCUCUUCAUUAAGCUGAAAUGGCUAGCAUGUAAGUUCAUUGAGUAGGGCCCUCAACCCCUCUGUUCCUGUGCGUCCAUUUGUUUAGUUACAAUUACAUGUCUGAUAGUCCACCCAUUGUACAGCGCUACAGAAUUUGCUGGCGCUAUACAAAUAAUAAAAUAAUAAUUUGGGUGCUUAGACUGACCCUUUAACACAGGUUAUUGGUGAUUUUUUGUGUUUUUUAUUACAUUAUCUAAAUUCCUGACAAGUAACUGUUCUGCUCCUACGAACACACAGUGUAAUGUGCCUGCAUGUGUUGCUUUCUGAGUAAUAACAAUUUCUUAUCAGGUAAUUAUUUAGUUGGCAUCAAAGCAGAUCUAAAUAGAUGUCCAAAUUUCUUUUUCCAAGUAGCAAUGUGUACCGGCAGGCAAUGCAUCUAUAUCAAGGUUGACAAUUAGAAUAUACUACCUUUGAAGACCUCUGUGUGUGGGCUGGCUGUACCUCAAUGAAGGGGUCGUGGGGAGUGUACAAGUGAUAAGGGAAAGGUCAGGGCAAGAAUUUCUGGGAAUGUGGUGCGGAGACUUAGGAAAAGAAUUCUUCUUUAGACAUUCUAUCAGGUCUCUGGAAAUAAUGUUUAUUUUACCAUGGUUUGGGAACGGUUUUCUGUCAGAUGUGAAAUGUAUUAAUAGAUCUCUGCCCAUUAUUCAUCAUUAAAAGGGGAGGGGGUCAUGUUAUCAGAUCUGAAAAAUUUAAGAUGACCUUCCAGAAAGUAUUGAAAUGUCUACCUGAUUGAGCUCUGAAAGGAUCUGCCACUCUGAAGCUGUGAUUUAACCAUAUGUGUAAUAAAUGUUGCUGUUCAAAUAUUUGUUGUUGGGAUUUUUUUUUUUUUUAACAAUAAAAGGAAUAAAGCCCACACCUAUUAAUAGGUACUCCUCUGAUACAAUGUUCUCACAUAUAAUGUAUACAUUCCUGUCUGCAGCCAGCUUCCAGACUCAUUCUCAGUAGAUUUUGUUUAUUUAUUUUACCUUUGUUUGGUUCUUCUAUGCAAACUACAAUUCCCAUCAUGCCAGAUAUAAAAUCAAAUAUUGGGGCACUAAGUCACCUAGUAGGGGGAAGGGCUACUGCACAUCCCAUUUUAGCAACUCUGUCAUUCAUAAUUUCAUUAGUGAUAAAGUGAAUUCAAAGUGAUUUAAAAUUUAAGGACAACAAAUUGGAAUAAUAGCCAACGUGGUACCAUAUAUACAUUUAUUAUUAUUAUUAUUAUUAUUAUGCCUGCAAUCAGUGAGGGACUUAGUACUGUUUUUGGGUGGCAAACGAGACUUGCUCCCAGACACCUCAUAACCUUGCUGUGCAUCUUCCAUUUUCCGCCUCCCCAUUCCCCAUUAUUCCUUCCCUGUUUUGUUUUUGUUUUUUACGGUUUUUAUGUAGGAAAGUAUAUCAUAGAUUUCUCUCAUUCAAUAAACCCUAAACUGUGUAGGAUUUAAAUGCAAAUUGCAACAUUUGGGCUAAUCAUGGUGGCUUAUUUAACCUCAAAAUGUCCAUUCAGAAUUGAGUUCAGAAUUUAGUUAAUAAACAUCUUUGUGUAUUGGACUGACAACAAAGAUUACCAAAGUAACAACAUCAUAUUGUGCGGUUAGACAGACUGGUGGAACUUUUAUGAGCCAAUGGGCUAAAAAGCCUCCCCCUCCCAUUGCUUUCAUUGAUUGUGCAUUGUUCUCUUUUAGUUUGAAUAUUAAUAGGUAUUUGCCUCAUCUGCUGGGAUAAAUUGAUAUAUGACCGGAUACUAAAAACACGAGUAUCAUGAAUAAUAUAGAAGAAAAAAAGAGGAAUUGAAGCUAUAGGGAAAGCACUCAUAGUGGGGUUAACCCACACAAAACUACCAAGGUAGUAAUUACAAAGACAGAACAGUUGAGUGCCCUACAAAUAAUAAAAAAUUAACUUUUAAUAAAUAAGUUAAAAAUCAAGUGUAGAUAGCCUGAUAUAACACAAAGUAAUGAGAAAUAAUACUCUCUAUACAAUUAGUUGCAAUGUAUUAUAGUAUAGAGAUUGCAAUUCUAAAGUGAUAGUCCCUUGUUAAGGGUUAAAAAUAACAUCUAAACAUGUAAGAUAAGGAGUACAUUAGCAAAGGAAUAACAAAUACAGAGGACCUGUUCAAAAGUUUUCAGUGAACCUCUGGCAAAUGAACACUGCAUCAAUACAAUGUUGCAGUAUAUGAUCAACUAUGACACAAAUUAUAGUACUAAGUUCGGUCUAAGAGAAGUCAUGUUGCAAAUGGUAUUGAAUGACUUACCGAAAAAAGAAGUCUAUAAUCACAAAAAAUUAAAAUAAAAACUGUAGAGAAAUCUUAUGAGCGGAUUAUCAGUAAGUGAAAUAUCAGUGGCCCCUUAUCAAAAGUAGUAAUAAAGUAAAUGAUAAAUAGAGUGCCACAAAUACGUUCAUAUACAGGGGGGAGAAAACCCCAAUACCUAAAACCGCCCAAUUCUAACAGUCAUAUAUAAUGGGAUUCUGAGGGAAGUGUGGACAGUAUGGUAAGUAUCCCACACUGCAAGGUAUUUGCAAAGAAUCGCCGACAGCCCCUAAUAGUGUCAUAGUUGAUCAUAUACUGCAACAUUGUAUUGAUGCAGUGUUCAUUUGCCAGAGGUUCACUGAAAACUUUUGUACAGGUCCUCUGUAUUUGUUAUUCCUUUGCUAAUGUACUCCUUAUCUUACAUGUUUAGAUGUUAUUUUUAACCUUUAACAAGGGACUAUCACUUUAGAAUUGCAAUCUCUAUACUAUAAUACAUUGCAACUAAUUGUAUAGAGAGUAUUAUUUCUCAUUACUUUGUGUUAUAUCAGGCUAUCUACACUUGAUUUUUAACUUAUUCGUGAAUAAUAUAGUUCACAAAUAUCCAUCAAAAACACAAGCACGAUUAAUCACUAGAAUGUAAACUGUCAGGGUUAAAACCUCAGGGUUUAAAAGCAAAAUAUUAGGAUUGUUUGAUGUAGGAUAAUUUAAAAAGUGGAGAGAAAAUAUAACUACUGGAGAAAUGUGAACGCAUCAUCAAGAUAAGCUAAAUAAAAAUAUUUAGACAUAAUACAGCCCUGGCAGACAGAUGGUUGGAGGAGACACAUGGAUGUGUGCCCGUCUGACAGGUUUUGAAGCUAAUAAACAUUUUAAUUAUGUACACAUGCUUCUCUAGGUCUGAUAUGCACCAUUAUGCAUAGUCGAUGCCAAAUGGGGCACACAAGUAGCCUUGCAAAUCAAGUGGUACCCGGAGGACAGUAUUAAAUACUUGUACCAAAGAUUCUCGUUCAGGUUUCAUGCAAAACUGAAUACUCCCACCUGGAUUAGGCUAACAUUUCAUUAUUUUCUAGUUCAGUAAUCUGUCGAUUUUCAAACCUUUGAAAACAAGACUAAAAAACCUCCUCCUCCAAAAAAAGUAGUGAACAUUUCCGACCUAUUGGUACCCGUUUUUAUAUGUGUUGCAUGUUGCAGGAUAGCAUUAAUCUGUCCUGUUAGAAAAUGUGAAUGAGCUAACAUUUUCAAUAACUACUUGCAAAAACAUAACAUUCAGAGAGAUCAUUUUUAAUUUGUGGGUUAAUAGCUUCUUAAUCCAAGGAGAUAUCGGACUGCCAUUCUGGGCCCAAGAAGUUAUUUUUUCCUAGUUUAUUGAAAAAUUGGAAAGAGCUUCAAACUGUUUAGUUUUUUUUUUGCCUUCUUUUGGAUCAACAGCAAAACAACAAAUGUGAUGAAGGUGAACUUGAUGGACGCAUGUCUCUUUUCAACUAUGCACUAUGUAAAGAAAUAUUUUAGUGCAGAUUUUCGGGGUAUUAGAGUAAGAGGGAUAAUGCUCCUAAUGGAGUAUAGAUUUGUAGAAUGGUUGUUCAGCAGACUAAGUAGACCUAUAGUUGAGAAAAUUUCUAGUGUUCUGCAUGUCAUGUAUACAACAAGAUCACAAUCAGGUGGGCAAGCAUUUAUUCUAUAUACACUUUCUGUAUGUGAAACUGCCAACUGAUGUUCAAAUUUUAGGGGCACUAAAACCAUUUCCAGUAAUUUAAUUGUUUAUAGUGCCUGGCGGACCCUCGUCCUAUCCCUCCAUUCAGUGUUUAACUAUUUUUAAGUAGUUUAACACUAAUUGAGGGUCCCUGGUCCACUGCCUAGCCCCACUGGAUUGGCAGAUAGACUACACUUCCUUUCCAUACCAGAAAUUGGCAGCCUGGAAUAUCCUGGUCAGCUGGCACUCUCAGCUAUUUAAUGCUACCCGUCGCUGCUAAUGUUUCCUCAUUAGCCCAAGCAGCAAAGAGUGGGUGAGCUGCUGGGGACUCAUUUAGCAUUAAACACUGAACGGGACGGCUGCGCCAAGGGACUCCAGAUACUAAAAACACUUCAGUGAGAUGAUACCAUUACAUUGCCUACAGCGUCCCUUUAAAAUAUACUGAGUUGAAUUUCCCUUUUCUUACCUAACAUGGCUUUCUUAAAAACAUAGACACUGUGUCUUUUCGGAGCAGGAUGGUUGAAUGCACCAUUACAAGGCUGCACAAUGCGGUCAUGAAUCUUGCAAUGUAAAGAUAUGUAAUAGUUAUUUUCAUUCAACUUUUUACCCUCUUUUAUUACAGGCUCACCUGAUACGUCUGUUUCGGCACACUACAACCAACUUGCUCAUAUAUCGAACUUGUCACAAAUACAGCUUUUGUCCCCGACUAGCUAUCUAUCUAUCUAUCUCUAUAUAUCUAGAUGUAAAAAAACAGAUAAAAUUUGUAUCUUGUAAUACCCUUUUUAUUGGACUAACAGAAUUAUUUUAAGGACAAGCUUUUGGGAGAACCUCCCUUUCUCAAGUCUGAAGCAUUUCUGAGCAAGACGACACAUAGAAUUCAUAUAUAUGUGUGUGUGUGUAUGUAUAUGUGUGUGUGUGUGUGUGUGUGUGUGUGUGUAUAUAUAUAUGUAUGUGUGUUUCCCUUUUCUCUCUCUUGGUGAUCUUAACACAAGAUAUUUACGACCCUCUAUGAGAAUGGUGCCUAUUUUCUAUUUUUCUUAUCUACACUCCUGUCGCUUUAACCCCUGUAUCACAACUCAACUUUGAAUUCUAUGUGUCAUCUUGCUCAGAUAUGCUUUGGAUUUGAGAAAGUUCUCUCAAAAGCUUGUCAUUAAAAAAUUUGGUUUGUCCAAGAUACAAAUUUUAUCUGGUUUUUACAUCUACAUCACUGGACUAAUAAGGCUACAAUCUCUACUUGAAUAUAUGAAAAAAAAAUAUAUAUAUAAUCAUUUGCUAGCAAUUUGUCUUGUGUAAUAUAUACAACAAUUUAAAUGUUUAACAAUGACAACAAAUCACUUUGGUCUUGACAUUAAUGUCUUCGCUUUUGCCCAUGGACAAUAAUGGCAUUUGCAAUUAAGUAAAAAUGAUGGCUUGCUGCAGACAGGAUUUGUCCUCAUUUUUAUGCUCAUAUUUGUGCAUUAAUCUCCCUGUUUUUUCCUCUGCAUGAAAAUAAUCUUUGAGGACUUGCUUGGCAUUUUAUAGAUUUUAUAAUGUAGCAUUAUCUAAGAAAUAAUUUAGCUUUUUUAUUUUUUAUUUAUUUUUUAAUGGGAAAUCUACUUUUUACUUUUUUAUUUUCUAUCAUAAUGUGCAUCGGUGCUGUUUUUACACUAAAGGGCACUCCACUCACUAUAACCAUUAUAGCUUGUUGUAUCGUUGCAGCUAAUUUUGGUAUUCUGGUUUAUUGCAGUGGUUAUGGUGCUAGCAAGCUGUUUUUUCAAAACGUAAGGUUUUAAGUUCUCAGUUUCUGUGAUUUGUGCAGUGUGAACCAGCAUAGCAAAUUGUUGCACGCUACACUGAUCAGGAAAUGACAAUGUACACACUACAACACAACAUUUGGAUGUGAAUGAGUCUGAUUUAAUUGGUGUGAGCAGACUUCUGCUGCCCAAAAAAGUUGAAUGGGAAAGAUAGACUUCCCCAAAUGAUGUCCGGUAAAGCUGGGGAAAAAAAGCUGGGAGGAUUUUAAAAAGAUUUUCAGCGGUUCGUAGCAGCAUAAUCUCUACAACAAGCGGUUAUAGACUUGGUGUGUUGAUGGUCUGUCUAACCCCACAAGGACAUGAUAAUGGACUACCUUGGGAUUUACUGGUUUUCUUUAAAUAUCUUUUUGCAAAAUGUUUUGGAAUGUUCCACUCACUUUGUGAUUUUAUUAUAUAUAUUUUUUUCUUUCAGAUUCCUCUUCCAACUACAUCCGCCAGUUGGAAACCAAAGUCAAACUCCUCGAGGACGACAAUAAGGUUUUAACACAGGUACUAUAGCUAUUUUUUUAUUUUAUUUUAUGUAAUCAAUUCUUUUUCUUGCUCAAUAUUUAUUCCAUUCUAAUACCAUAACUGGGCAGUUAAUCCACAUGUAAUCACUUUUAAGCCAUCAUUGGGAAUACGUUAAUUAAACUGAAAAUUGAUUUAUUUUUUUUCCAUUGCUUUUAGUUUAAUUUCUUUUAUUCUGGAAAGAAAUCCAAAUUCUUGAUUGCUGCACUUGUAACGGUUACUAUAAUUGCUGGUAAUUGGACUGUCGAUUAAUUCCUUAAAUCUGUUCAGGGACUUGUGAAGGACUAAAUCAUAGCAUACUUUUUUUUUUUUUUUUCCUGUUGGGAGAUGUGUGACAAACAAAGGGUAGUUUGAACUGAACAUUUCUUAUAUCUAUAUAAUUUUCUGGUCUGAUCUGCUUCCUUGUGUAACUAUAAAUGAUUUUAAGAACUGGACUCGGGUUGGUAGCAGUGCUUGGUGUAGUUGGUGUAAGAUGAUGAGGGGUCCAAUGCUUAUGUUUUUGGGUGUGUAAUAUUCCUGGCCAUACCUUAGAGAGUGGGCUGGCCUGGAGGGUGCAACCAGUGACGUAACUUGACUCACUAAUGAUGCUCAAAAUUGGCAGUCCUGACAAUAUGUGUGUGUCCACCUGACACACAUUAACUCUCACACGGACCAUCUUAGGACAUAACAUGAGUGAUGCAUAGAAAAAGCCUGUGUAAUGAUGCGCUACCACUUUGUUGACUGGGGACAAUUCCCUGUUAUCCCUUAUCUGGGGACAUUAGAUAACAAAGUCAGGAUGGUGGGAUAGGACCCUGAAAACUGCUUUCCAAGACCUCAUAACUUCAUAUGGAUGUGUAACACAUGCAAAGUGAUGCCUUUAUUGCGCAACCUUUUAUAGGGUUUCAUUUUUUGUGAGUUACCAUCACUAUUUAUAAGUGAUAUUGGUCCAGGAAAACAUGGUUGAUCUGCCAACCCGUCCUAGGGUACAACUUUUUUGCUUCUCUGAUAAACUGCUAGGGGAAAAAUGUGGUUGUAGCGGAUGAAAUUUCUUCUGGGGUCAGCUACAUGUGGGACACUGCCCACAGCUGCUCCACCUCUAAUCCAAUCACAUAUGUUCCAACUGUCCUUAUUUAGGAUGAACAGCCCCUUGGUUGGACUUAAGUUGCCCUGUCCCCCUUUUUAAAUCCUAGAAUUAAAGUGUCACUCUUUGUUCAUUUGAAAUGUUUGGAUCUAUGAAAUCAUGAGACAAUUUGUGCAACAAAAAUAAAUUAACCUUGCUUUUCUUUAUACCUAUGCGUGAGGUUUGACCGGAAUAAACACAGAAUUAACUCUGUAUCUGCAAAUUCUGCUUUGGAUAAAUUAUUGGUUCAAAAUAGACCACUUUUUUCAUGUAUGUUUGCUCUACAUGUCUUACGUAGUCUCUCUCUGUUUAUAUUGAGACUAUAUAACAAGAACUUCGUUGAGACAUUGUAGCUUGCAGAAAUGCUAUCAAAAUAGUCCUAAUUGUGAUGUAUACACGCUAAAAUUGACAAAAGAACACAGCGUUUAUAUGUGACCUUUGUGCAGAUCCUUGUUAUAACAAAACAAGGGGGGUGCUGUUCGUCAUGUUGCUUUGUUCAAUGAAUUCUUAGGAAGAUGUCAGUUUAAUGUAUGAUUAAUGGAGUAUUUUAAUAAUAUAGGACUUAUUUAGGGAGUUUAUUGCUGAACAUGUGCCGCCUUUUUUCUGGGACCCUAGACUGGACAAUCUUGCAGAAUUCCUAACUUGUCCUUAAAGAAAUACUCCCACCCCACAACAAUUAAAUUGCAUUAUAGGGGGAGGAGUGUCGGGAACCAUUUUGCCUUCCUUCUAUUCUUUUCCAUAUGGUUUACAUACUAUUUCUUUCAAUGGGUGGGCAGUGAUAGGCUGAGAGUGUUAGCCUAUCACUGUCUGCUCAGUAAACAAUCCUUAGACUGCAGAGGCUGGUAGGACAAAAUAAUGGAGGCAGAGAAUUCGGGGCUUUUGGCUUAAACCUUGGAAAACUGUUUAAACCCUUUAGUUAAGAUGGCGCCCAGACAGUCCUGCCCUAGAACACCUCACCCGUCAAGUAGACACACACAAAUACUCAUUCAUAUACAGAGACUAGCAAUACUAACACCCAGCAAGUAGCAUGCAUGCACAGGCAGGCGCACGCAAAUGUACUUUGGAAGAUGAAUGCUUGUACUCAUACAUAUAUACAGACUUUUACAUGCACACGCAUCACUCAGACACACACACACACACCACUGUCCACCAUCCAGAAAUGUGAAAUUGCUCCGUUAAGCCUUUCUCACUUGUGAUCUAGGCUAGGGCCCCAUUCGCCCUGACCAAGGAGCGGGGGCCUUCAGUCCUGACACAGUCAGGGCAGAGUCGGAUUAAGAUUGCCCAGCGCCCUAGAUGCCAUUUUGGGAACCCCACCUAGAGCCCUGGGCUCUGUUUCUGUGAGUGUUGUGUUUGUGCAUAGUGGCUGCAAGCUGUAGGUGGAGAAGAUUUCGGAAGGCUCAUUGUGCCUGUGUGAGCUGGCUGCGUGCAGUGUGUUUGUAGUGUCUGAGUGUGUAUGUUUUGAUACCCUCCUGCCUGCCUUUCCUUACUGAAAGGGGAGCUGGGCCCCUGGUGCUCUGUUAAUAAUUUGGAGUUCUUUGUUGGAAGCAAGCUCUUGAGGGGGCACGAGGACGAUCACGGAGAUCUUUUGAUCUUCCUGUUGGCUCAACGAGGGCCCUUCACAACCAGAGCUGGAGUUGAAUGCACAGAGGAGCCCAUGGAAUCCCUGUUUGAGCCUGGGCACUAGGUGGCCUCCUAUGCAUCCAUAGACUUGAUAUGGAAUUGCAUGCAGGGAGAAGUGCAGAUAAGUUUUUAAAAUUGUGUGACCUACUAGUUCUGCAUUUUUGUGCUGCAAUAAUCCCCUGUAUUUUAGACAAAACAGAUAAUUAGAGUUUCAGGGAAAGAGAAGAAAAAUACGAAACCCUCUCCCUUCACAGCACACAUAACUGAACCAUAUAAUAUUCGGUAUUCUGAUUGGUUGGCUGCUUUUUGUUUCUAGCCAGUUAGAAUUGAAAUGACAAUUAUCUUGCACCGAAAUGAUAUUAAAAAAACGAAGACUGGGUCUGCUCCAUAACUAUAGCAACCUCAUGGCCAGGGAAUAUUCCAGUCUAUCUAUAUCAUCACGUGUCUGACAUUUCAUUUCCCAUAAGAACCUCUUAGCUGACCUGCUUUUUUCCCUAUAUAAAUUGAAAAGUUGAGUACAUUUCUGAAUAAAUGUCACUUAAAUUGCCAUCUCUGUGCAUAGACAAAAUGUUCACUUGUGGCCAUGUUUUUAUACAUGUAUUUUUCACAUGCUGCCUUCUUUAUGAAUACAUGCAAUUUUUGUACUUUUUACAAACAUGUCAGAUUUUUUUUAUUUUUUUUAUUUAUGUAGGUGCCAUUUUCAUGUAUUGCCCUGUUCGCGUACACGUGAUGUGCACAUUAACUCACAAGUGGCACACAAGGAGUCAUAGAAAAUCACUAAUUCUUAAUUUAGUCAAUGCGCUAGGCUUAUGAACGUUUUGUUUGAAUUUACAUGAAUAUCAUGUAGAUGUACCUGCUGAAACAAGUAUCCAAUGGGUUAAUUCCAGCUGGGAUGAGAAAUGCCAGACUCUGUUAAUCUUUGCAAUCUCAGCUAGCAUAGGCUUUGCAUCUAUGUUAACUGCAUCAGUGCCAGUUUAUCUCCAGAAUCUGAAUGUGCUGUGCAGGCACCUUAGGUCUUCAGUGCUUCUCUGUGAGAAGCAUCUAAUUGGACCAGAGAUCAUGAAGCAUCUCACCUUGAUCAGAAUCAGGCUUCAGCGAGAAGAUUUUGUAAGUGCUAGAUUACAAGUAAAUUAUUUUUAAAUCUAACAUUUAAUAAGAAAUGCAUCAAACUUAAAAAUCAAUAUUAACAAUAAAUAUAUUUAUUUGAAGCGAGAGAGUGGGUUAUUUACUAAAGAGAAAAUUCAAAGUGAUUUUAAAAUUUGAGUAGCCGAACUGACAGCAUAUCGUAGAUUUAUUUCUGAUAUUUUGACCUUAAAUUUUAAAUUUGUUUUUAAUUCACAUUGUAAUGUCACUUUAGUGAAUAAACCUGUCCGUAUUCCUUUAAAACGUAAAAAAAGUAUCACCAGGAUGUCAGUGGCUGCUGGCUGUCGAAGUCCAGCAGUCUCUCUAGUCCUAUCUCACAGAAUAUGUCUAGCAGUGGGUCCAUUCUCUGAAGAUUUUCAAGAUGACAGAUGCUACAGGCAUAAGACGGCAGUUCUGUUGUGCUGGCGAUACAGGAGAUUAGCGUAGGAAGCACAUGCCCCUCGAUGAUGCCUUCUGUCUCUUGGUCUUUAAGCCAGCUGGGCACAGUUUAGAUCUAAUGAUGUGCGUGGAACGGCACAGCGUGCAAUUUAAUGCACACCGGAUUGUUUUCAAAUUUCCUAUUCUCAGCUAGUAUGAGUUGUGUGCUUGGCAAAAGCUGCUUUCUUUAUAAAAAAAAUAUAUAUAUAUAUUUUUGUUUCAAUUUUCAGUUCAUGCUUUGUAAUUCUUCAAAGGAACGCUACAGUGUUCGGAGUACAAAUAUCUAUUCCUAAUAUUAUAGUGUUCUGCUGCCUGUGUAUGUGUCAGGCCCCUGUGAGUUUUUUUUUAAAAAAAGAGAGGGAGAGAAAGAUUUACUCAACUUAAAACUGCGCUGGUCCACGUGCUGCCGCUAUCGCCUCCUUGGCUGAGAUCAUCAAUCUUGAUGUUUUGCGCCAAUCCAGUGGCUCCCAUAUGGAAGCACUCGGAGGCUAUUGCGCAUGCGUGGCAAAUCACCACGUUGUGCCAGAUUGCAUCCCCUCACAGAGAUGCAUAGGAUGUCUGUACUUCAUCCAGGUAUUUCCUCUAGUGGCUGUCUAAGUGACAGCCACUUAGACUUAUGCAGCAUUAUAAACCAUGGCUUUUCUAUGAAAAAGCAGUGUUUACACUGCUGACUCUGCAAUGACAGGCUAUACUCCCCAGAGCAGCCACAUUGAGCUCUAUUUGUUCUGAUGACUAUAGUGUCCAUUUAAUUGUUUUACUUAUCGUUCAUGAAGGUUGUUCUUUUGUAUGCCAUGGGAAACCCUGAUUAUUCUGGACAGCGUAAAUACUUUGCUAACUCUCUGGCCUCCUCGGAGGCCACUGCUCAUCAAUCUUUCUCAAAAACGUCAGUCUAGGAUACAUAACCUCAAAGAACUAAUCUAUAUUUCCCUGAUGGGGAAGGAAAAAUUGAAGGGAAAAAAAGGCUUAAUCUCUAAAGCACCAGUCAUAUUUACAGACGUGUUAAGUUACACAAUUUUUUUGCAUGACGUUUUUCACACAAUCCUCUCAAUAACCUGACCAAGUGGAUUGAUUCUGUCACUUGAUGUCAGGAGGACUAUUCUAAAUUGCAUUGCAAGUGAAUGUUAAAUCAACUAUGUACUUUGAGUCAAACGCAAGCGGUUUAGCCCAUUCAUGAGCAGCACAGUGCUCAGUGUAUGGACAGCUUCUUAUCCAAGCCCCUGAUUUCAAUUACUGUCCCUCUCUCCUCCCACCAGGAUAGCAUUUGUGCAUUUAUCACAACUUGUUCUGAAGAUCUGCCUGUUUUGUCGGACAAAAAGUUUAUACAGUUUAUAACUGUUCAUUUUAAAAACAUGAUUAAGUGGAAAUCUAAUGCUGUACAAAUUAAAUUCAAGUCCCCUGCUCUGUGACUCAUGGCUUCCUUCUUGUACAUAUUUUGGGUUCUAUUGGUAUUUAACAGGAAUAGAUGAACUGUGUAGUAGAGUGCCCUCUGCUGGGAGCCUGCUUUAUUGUCAUCAGCUGCCUGUAGAUAUGCAUUUAACUCUGCAAAGAGUUCAAUGGAAUAAAGGGGUAUGAGUUCCAAUUUAUCAUCUGUCUGUCUAUAUUGUUUUUGUGAGAUAAGAAAUACAUUAUAAUGCCAUGUGAAAUCCCAUUGUAAAGAAUUUAUUGGCACUUUAUAGAUAAUAAUGACACAAAAAAUGAAUCUCCAGUUUCACAAAUGUUUUUUUAAGAACUCUUCCUGCACAGCUAACUGCUAUACUAAGCAAUAAGACCCGGUACUAUGGAUCCACAGGAUAUACUGCACUGAUAGCUCCGGUACACAUAGGAUAUUCUAUCUACCUAGCCACUGGCAAUUCUCUACGAGUAACUACUCUAUAGUGGACGACAAACCACAAUAAACCUGGAUGCUUCAAGAGACACACAAGCUCCUUCUUGGUAUAUCACAAACACACUUUAUUCCGCUUCAUAGACAGAAUAUACGACAGUUCUCCAAAUAAUAUCUAAACAACAAUCCGUGACCAAUCAGGGACAUGAGAGGCCCAGGGAAAAAUUUAAUAAAUUAUUACAAGGUAAAUCUCAACCUUAAAGCCUUACCUUAAAACAGGUAAUUGAAUUCAGGAACAACAGGUAAUGUUAUAAAAAAAAAAAUAAAAAUUAAAUGCUGAUUAAUAGAAGACACGAGGUACAGGUAAUAUGAGAAAGAGGGGGAAACAAUGAAUCCACUUAACAGACGCCACUCUGUUUCCCUAAUUGUGUACAGGGCAUGUGCCUGCACUGCAGGGGGUAAACCAUCAACCAUUGUCCCUGACUCAUUUACUGUGACACAAUGUAAUCCUGUAGAGUCUGCUUUACCUUUAACCCCUUAAGGACACAACUUCUGGAAUAAAAGGGAAUCAUGACGUAAUAUUUCCAUCAUGUGUCCUUAAGGGAUUAAUAUUAUGCAUUGUACAUGAGGCAAAACGAGACAACAUAGGUCCGAGAUGAUGCCCGACCAGCAACAGAACCAUAGUUCUGUCACAGUUAUGUUUUGGGGUUUUUCAUGAAAUAAUAAAUCAUGAUCAUCUCUCAUGACCUGGUUAUCUCUACAACAAAUCUACAUGAAAAAUUAAUUUCAAAUGCUUAAAGUUUACACUGUAAUUCUUGCUGUGUGCCUUCUUUAAGGUAAUGUGUUGUGCUUUGAACUAGAGGAUGAAGGGAAAAUUAAGUUAAUUUGCAUGAAAUGCCCCGUCAAUGCCUUUUCAAAAGGGUAGUUGUCAUGUACAUCUAUUUUUAUAUAAAAAUUAAAACCAAAAAAUAGCCAUGUAUAAAAAGGGUAACAUGUACAUUGUAUUCAGAGUUAUUGUAAUCUCAAACAUGACCGUUUCUCUUAAAGGAUCAAAUGAGUAUUCUUAUUUAUUAUUUUGUAUUCCCCUUGUGUCUGAAAAGGUGCUUCUCUAUCAGUUUUUCAUCUAGUUAAUGUAAACGGACAUGUUUUUACAUGGUGAGAGAAGGGAGCGGAGAAAGAUCAGUAUGUGUUUUCAUGGAAGCCCCCAUGUCUUUGUAUCUCACUUACACAGACUCUUUAUUUGUGUGUUCUAUUUCAGCACUCAAGCCACGGGGAGUUAAGGACUUUAAGAAAAGGUUUAUCCCCUUACCACUCUGAAUCCCAGCUGUCAUCGAUAUCACAGUAUCAGGAUCCCCUACAAAACGUAAGCAAAGCUCCCUGCGAAUCUCAAUUACCCAAAACAAGACUGUGCCGAAUGCUACAGACGUACGAGUAGGGCUCUGAGACAGGCUUUCAUUCUCUUUUGAGGCAAGAUGAAUAUUUAUGAACAGUUACAAUGGCAAGGAAGUAUUGUUAGCUCAUAAUAAAAGGACCCAUGAAUAUUUACCACCUGAACCCCAAAGUUCACAUUAUUUGCUGCUGAAUUUUCCCGUAAGUCACUCCACUCUCAUGUGCAGGAGAACGCUCCUAUGAAAGAGCAAACUGUUAACACUUAGGGGCUUAUUCACUAUACUAGGCAGUGCAAAUAAUUGACUGGAUUUAAAUUUGUUGGUCUAUUCUGGGUUAAAACAACACUCCAUACACCAUAACCACUUCAAUGCAUUGUAGCCGUUAUAGUGCCAGAAGUGUCCUCCAUUGCAAAGAGUCAAACCCUUUAAAACUGUUUGAUUUCUUACUUGGGGUCCACCUGGCGCCUAUCUCUGUCUCCACUACUUCUCACAGAGAGCUGGAAGCUGUAGUUCUUAAAGUGCCUGCAUUGUUUUUGUAUUUCCCUUAAUAAUUCUCUAUUUCCCAGUAUAGUAAAUAAACCAUUUGUAGAGGAUAGCUGAUUGAGAAGUGUGGGGGCCAUGACUCCUAUCCCUGGUAAAAUUAUGUCUGAGAAGGAAUAAAAUGAUUGCCUAAUGCUUCGCCUCUUGAAAUGUCAUGCAUGAUCUCCAGCAGGUUACUGCACUGGAACUUGGGUCACUGUGUGCUUUUGUGACGAGAGGCCAGAGUAAUAUUAACAUAAAGGAAGAUCAGAAAACAACUGUUGUAAAACUACAAGUUUCUUGAUACGCUGCCAGGUUUAAAGGGACACUAUAGGCAACCAGACCACUUCAGCUCAUUGGACAGGGUGCAGUGUCCCAGGUCCCUUAACCCUUUAAAGAUAAUUAUUGUAGUUUUAUUAAAAACUGCAAUAAUUUCCAUUGCAGGGUUAAUGCCACCUCUAGUGACUGUCUACCAGAGAGCCGCUAGAGGGACAUUCGGGUUGCCGCCUAACUGACACAGGAUGUCCUUACACAAUGCAUGGGGACAUCCAGCAUCACACAAAUCCCCAUAAGAAAGCAUUAUAUAAUGCCGUGCAUGUGCAUUUAGUCUCCCCCGCCGGCUUACAUUGGUGGAAGAAUGAACCAGCGCCGUUUUCCUGGCACUAUAGUUUCCCAAAGGCUGGAAAAGCAUUGUGGAAUUUUUAGUUUUCAAUUUGGCAACUCGUGUUGCAGAGAGAAUGACGCUGACAGGUGACCAUAUUGAUUACAUUGUUACAAUGACACCUGUCAUGGGGUGGGAUAUAUUACGCAGCAAGUGAACAGUCAGUUCUAAAAUUCCAUUUGUUGGAACCAGGAAAAAUGGGCACGCAAAACAUCUGAGUGACCUUGACAAGCUCCAAAUAGUGAUGGAUAGACAGCUGGGUCAGAGCAUCUCCAAAUUGACAUAUUUUAUGGGGUGUUCCUGGUAUGCAGUGGUUAGUACCUACCAAAAGUGGUGCAAGGAAUGACAACCAGUAAACUUGUGUCAGGGUUAUGAGCGACCAAGGAUCACUGAUGCAUGUUUGGGAGCGAAGGCUUGCCUGUUUGGUCUGAUCACACAACAAAUCUACUGUAACUCAAAUUGCUGAAAAACAUAAUGCUUAGAGGGGUGAUAGAAAAGUGCCAGAACACACAGUGCGUUGCAGUUUGCUGACUAUGGGGCUGAAGAGUCGCAGACCGGUCAGUGUGUCCAUGUCCGUCCAAAAAGCCUUCAGUGGGAAUGUGAGCAUCAGAACUGGACCAUGGAGCAAUGGAGGAAGGUUGCCUGGUCUGACAAAUCCGUUCUGGGAAACCAUGUGUUCUAGCAUUCAUGUGGAUGUUGAUUUGGCAUGUACCACUUACCUAGAGAUUGUUGCAGACCACGUACACCCCUUUGUGGCAUUGGUGUUCCCUGAUGGCAGUGUUCUCUAGGAUAAUGCACCCUGCCACACUGCAAAAAAUUGUUCAGGCAUGGCUUGAGGAACAUGACAGUGUUUAGGGUAUUACCUUGGCUUCCAACUUUCCCAGAUCUCAAUCCAAUUAAGCAUCUGUUUAGUGUGCUGCUAAAAAUUGGAUCCAUAUAGGCCCCGCUUAUAUCCAUAAUUCAACACAUCAAAGCUGUUUUGGCAGCACGGGGGGCAUACAAAAUAUUAGGCAUGUGGUUAUAAUAUUUUGGUUGAUCACUGUAGAUUAAGAUACCUCUUAAUGAGUAUGUUUUGUCUGCAAGUUCAUAUGCAGUGAUAUCAAUUUCACAUCAGAAAUGGAGCAGAUCACAGCCAAUUAGUCUUCCCUUAGCGUUCAAUGGGAGCACUAUUUGUAACCCUUUUGGUCUUUCUCAUGUGAAUAAAAUGAAAAACGAAAAAAAAAAAGUGGAUAAAUACUUUGUUCCUUUCAGAUGCAUUCUUGAACCUUAUGUACAGUAAGGAUUGUCUCUAAGUCAUAAUUUGUGUAAAAAUAUGUGUUAAAGUAUUCUUCAAAGUGAAAUUUGUGAGCCAUCAAUUUUAUUCCCAUCAUUAUUAUUUAGAAAGCCCCACCACUUUCUGCUGUUCUGUACAAUACGUACACUAGACAUACAAAUUAGUUGAACACACAAGUUUAACUUACUCAGAAGUAGUGAAAAUACUUUACGAGCUUACAAUCUAAAGAUAUGUCAAUGUACACACCUGACUGAAAACCUUUUAGAAGCGAUAGAUGGAGCAGGAGCAAAGCUUCCAUCAUUUUAUCCUAUCUUGAUAGGAUGGUUCUAAUCCCAAAACGUAAUAAAACAUUUAUUAAUUUAGUGUCUGUUGCCUACUCAAAUUUUCCUUUAUAAAAUACUCGUUGAGUUCAAUAGGCAGGAUGUUUUCCUGGUCUCGAUCUAAAGCUGCGUUAGACAACAAGACGACCGUGAUUUGAAAGUUCGUCUCUCUGUAGUAUAAAUUUAAAUUGUCUCCUGUUGCUUUUCUCAAACAUAUCGUAAUAUACAACAAAUGUUUUUAUUUUUUUUAAUUGGACGUAUUCUGGAAUCUCGGCAUAGUAAAGCACAGUUUGAAGUCACCUGUUCUUUCGUUACUUUCCUGACUAAAGACAUCAAAGCUUGUUUCCUUUCUAACCCCCACCCCGCCCCAAGCAAUCUUAAAUUAGGGAAAGCUAUUGACUCAACCCAAUCAUUGUUACAUUUCCUGCUUGAUCGGCUGAUUCUGCGGUUUCUAAAAUCCACUUCUAUUGAUAAAACAAACAGAAAAUUGUAUAUACCAUUGUUUGCAUCUCAGUAUAUUUCCACUUCGUAUAAUCAUACAGUGUGAUUUUUAUCAGCGGUGUUUUUAUUUAUAAAGAAAUUACAUGUUAGUAAAAUUAAUCUAUUAUACUGAGUUUUCAAAGGAAAUUUGGUGCGGUUUUUGUUUACUUCAAAUUUUAUGUAAUAAAUUUGAAGUAGUGGUUUGGGGGCAAGCAAUAUUUGUGCGUACUUGAUACUUACGGUUAUAUUUUACUUCAAUUCCUGCUUAGGGAGUUUGAGAAUGUUCAUUGUCUAGAUAGAUUCUGAUGCUUUUAAAAAGACAAACUCAACUGGCGAACUUUUUGAAUGCAAUGAAGAAAGGAAAGCUUAAAUAUACAUAAAGCAUACAGAUCAAUCCACACAUCUAUCUAGUUCUAAUGUUUUUUUUUUUUUUCUUUAUAUUUGAAAAUGUAAAGUCCUCCAGGAAAAUGAAAUGCCUUGCUGUGCAGAAAAGGUAGUAAUAUCUCCAACACUCCGCUUUUAACUGGGUCAAUGCAAGAAUAAAUGGUUUUUCAAUGCAUUUCUUUUUGCGUAGUUCAACAUUGUCUUCCAGAGGGUUAAUGCCAACAACAUGACAAAAAAUAUUUGCUCCAGAGGGGAGCAAGUGGAUUUUCACAGAGGGAGUUCAUCACGUCUAAUUUUUGGCUAUUUCUUUGUCUUCGUUUACUCAUAAUCCUCAAUAAUGGUAACUACAAAGCCUCUCAUCAGUAUUCCCCUUCCCUCCCUCUGCUUUGCGCUGUGUUGAAAGAUCUGUUUUUUUUUAAUCUUAUUGGCUCUUUGUGCAUUUCUGAACAGAUCCUAAAUAAAUACCCUGACUAUGUGGAGCUGAAACAGAAUUUCUAAAUAGAAGUACGCUAUUACAUCUACAAAUCUUCUUGCUUCCAUGUAUAUAGAAAAGGCAAUACACCAUCUUUUAAAGUAUAUCUUUAAAUGGAAUCACUCAUUCUGUAAUACUGUAACACUACUCGCUGCUAAAUCACGUCACUAUUCUAUCCUAAUUCUCCUUUACCUUUCUGCUGCUUUUGACACUGUUGAUCAUCAACUGCUUUUUCUUAUCCUUAGUAAUCUCGGUCUACGAGGUAUUGCUCUCUCCUGAUGCCCCUUUUACCACUCCCAGCGCUCUUUCAGUGUUUUGCUCUCUGGCUCUGCCUCUUCUCCCCAACCCUGCUCUGUUGGUGUUCCCCAAGGUUCAGUCCUUGGUCCUCUACAGUUCUCGAUCUAUAUUACCUUCUUCGGUAAACUCAUCGGCUCUUUUGACUACCAAUAUCAAAUAUCCCCACCCCUCUUGACUAACGUGUCUGACUGCUUCUCUGCUAUUUUUAACUGGUUGGCUGCUCACUUCCUUAAACUCAACCUGUCAAAAACAGAACUUCUGGUCUUUCCUUCCUCAAGUGUUUCUACUCCCGUUUCUGUCUCCCUCCACGUUAAUGGCGCUACCAUCAGCUCCACCACACAGGCUUGCUGCCUAGGUGUUCUCUUUGAUUUUAAUUUCUCCUUUACCCCUCAUGUCCAGUCGAUCGCCAAAUCCUGCCGCUUCAUCUCAAAAAUACUGUGCACAUCCACCCCUACUUAACUCCAGACGUGGCUAAGGUGUUGGUCCAUUCCACUUUCCUUUCUCACCUUGACUACUGCAAUCUACUUCUCAGUGGUCUUACGUGCUCCCAACUUGCCCCAUUACAGUCUUUAAUGAAUACGGCAGUGAGGCUCAUCUUCCUAUCCUCCCACGCCUCACCUCUCUGUCAGUCCCUGCAUUGGCUUCAAAUCUAACUUUGUGCGUAUAUUAGUGCUUCAUCUUGGUCCCUUCAAGGCUGAGGAGUUCCAGGCCUAAACAGUAAUAAUAGGUUUGUAAUCAGGUGCAGACUGGGUUGCCCUAAAGUGGCAGGCUGAGUACCUGGGCCAAAUCAUGGGACUCUAUAGUGUUUAAAACCACUGUGGCAAUCACUGUCCCAAUUGUUAAUCCAGUUCUGGUGUAGCAAUGUUAUGUUGGUGAAUAGUGGACUGUGAGUGCAUACCUUUUUCUAUUAGGAUGGAUCCCAAACACUGUGUCCCCACUCCUUAAUUUGUAUGUGAGUCAUUCCUUUACUUGCCUGUAUGUCUCUCACAGUGGCUGUAUGACAGUGAAAGCAUAUGUGACUUGUGCCUGCACAUACAUAUUCAUAAGGGGUUGAGGACAGAGGUGCAUCAUAUUUUGAGUUUGGCUCAAGUUCAUGAUGGACACUAGGGACAAACCUAUAUUCCUAGUGCUAUAGUGUCUUGUUGCCCGAUGAGUUUUAGGUCGCCCCCAUCUUACUGUAAAAACUUGGAGAUAAAAAAAGGGGGUUUUACUUAAAAAAUAAAUGCUAAUAAUAAUAUAACCCCGUAAGGACACAUGACAUGUGGGACAUGUCAUGAUUCCCUUUUAUUACAGAAGUUUGGUCCUUAAGGGGUUAAAGGCCGCAACAACUCCCACAAAGUCAACUGGAUCUCUCUGCAAUGAUCAAUCUAAUGCUUCAUUAAGACAAAAUGAUCUGGAUGUCUUUAGUUCUCCUUUAACCAUUUAAUUUUCUUCUGUCACACUGGGACCAGUUACAUUGCUUUAAGAAUUUCACCUCUGUCUUUAAGACAUCGCAGAUAAAAAUCAAACUGCAAUGGAACAGUCAUGACAAGUGACAGUGCUGGAUUCCAGUUACCUCGAUAAUUACUUGAUGCCUCUUCUAACAGAUAUUAUUUCCUGAUUUGGUCCGAAUGAUGAAAAUGUAGCUUUUGUCCUUACAGUAAUUCACCGGGAAAAGACAAGUCUGACUUGUCCUGAAACAUGAGUAUCUCGUGUUCUGGAGAGGGAGAAUACCAAUCUCCGCUGUAUUUGAGUUAACCAUAUUGUAUUCUGAGUAAGAUGUCAUCUUGAUCAGAAUCUAUGGACAAUUCUUCUGUUUCUGUGUUGGAAGAUUUUAUAAUUCAACUGCAGUUGCACAAAGAAUCUUCUAUUUCAUUUAAAAAAAAAAAAAUAAAAAAAAAUCCUUUUUUAUAUUUUUUUUCCACUUCUCUUCUUUUUUAAUUAUGGCAUCUAUAGGAGAGUUUUCACAAACUGAGACUUUAGUUAUUGAGUGGUUGCUAAAGCAUGAGCUCACUCAAAUGUAGUUGAUAGGUUGAACUUGGGGAAUUUUCUUUAUUGGGGAGUUUGGCUCACAUGGGUCAAUAUUUCUGUAGAGUCCAGGUUUUUAAGCAGACCCUUAGUUAUAGGAAAUUAAAUCUGCUCUGACUCUUUUUUUGAAAAUAUGAUGCAUUAGCAAGCGGGUAGGAAACAAACAGCACUCCAGCUAUUCUGGAGAAUGACCACCAUUUUGUUCCAGUAGGCAAGGUUUGCAGGGCAUCAUGGUAGUCUUGUCAUGCUAAAAGUUUCCUGUUUCUGAGGUUUCAAAGCAAAUCUUGUAUAAAUAUACUGAUUAGACAUACAAGAACAUAAGUAACCGUAUAAACCAUGCAUUUGUAUGAGCAGAAUCUGGGGGAAAAAAGGUAUAAUUCAUGAAAUUGUGACUUUGGACCAAAAGUAGGGACUACUAUGUUUAGUGAAAUCCUUCAAAAACAAGAGCUUAAAAGAACACUGAAAAUAGAUUGCUCAGGAAGCUUGCCCUUCGGUGGGUCCCUGCUUAGGUCUCAUACACGUAGCUCACUUGUGCCAUUACAAAGCAAACCUUAGCCACUUGCAUACAGUAGAUGAUGUGUUCGGUGGGAGGGUGAGCUGCCUUGUGUUAAAGGCACCCCUAUUGGCACAUUGCUGGUGGGAAUGCUGGGCGGGAUGUGACUGCUCUGGGGAUGUUGUGAUCUGAUGCUGGGAUGUGAUGUACUUCCAAACAGUUGGUUUGGAGGGUGCAGCGUAAAACACAAAAGUAAAUUCUACUGUUUGGGGGGAGACGUGUAUCAAAAUACAUUUCUCUCCUGGGUACCAUGUAACCUAGGUAUGUCUCUGGUCGCAUAUCAGACUAAUCCCCCACGUACAAUGACAAUCCAGAUCCGAAAUGUUAGCAAUUCCCCUUUGCAUAAGAGAUACUCAAGCCCAGAUUCUUAUAGCGGAUACCCCUCUCAUCACAGUGAGCGAGGGAUCCAUGCCUGGAUUACCUUUUUGUUUUUGGGAGGCCAAAGUCAUGUUUUUGAUGAGAUAAUUGUUGCUUGUAAAUGGUGAUUGUCUUUCUAAUACGAUGACUCUUGUGGUGACAGGGCCCAGCUCGUAUAACGACAGAGAUGUCUUCCGCAACGCCAGCUGGAUAUAUCCCAGUGGUACAGAAACCAGAAGCGGUUGUGCAUGCAAUGAAGGUAUGAGAACAAAUAUCAAUCAGCAUGGUUCAGAUAACACAUUUUAAAUCUGUAAAAGGAACACUAUAGAGUCUGGAACACAAACCUUUAUUCCAGACCCUAUAGCAGGAGUAGGCAACCUUUUGCACUCCAGAUGCUAUGGACUAAAUCUCCCAAAUGUUCCUGCAGCCAUAAUGCUGGCAAAGCAUCAUGGGAGGUGUAGUCCAAAACAUCUGCAGUGCCAAAGGUUUCCAAUCCCUGCCCUAUAGUGUGAAAACCACCGCCAGCGCUGGCCCCACCCCUUAUCCGCCUCCUUGCUGACAUCAAAAUUUAUGAUUUUUAGCCAAUCCAAUGCUUUCCCAUAGGAAAAGCAUUGGAUUGGCUGAAAUCAACAAGGAGGCAGGAUUGGGGGCGAGGCCAAACGCCGGUUUGGCCAAUCAGCACCUUCUCAUAUAGAUGCAUUGAAUCAAUGCAUCUCUAUGAGUAAUGUUUACAUCGCCAUGCAAAGCGUAUAGACAUUGAAUGGCAGUGCUGCACACUCUGCUUCCUGUGCAGCACUGACCCUGGAAGCACCUCUAGUGGCCAUUUGAGGAGUGGCCACUAGAGAUGUCCCUAGGGGACAAUGUAAACAUUGCAUUUUCUCUGAAAAGACUGUUUACUGCAAAAAGCUGUACUGACUGAUGGACUGAUUAUAUUGUAACAUAAUACUCACCAGAAUAAAUUUAUUUAUUUAUAAUAAGGAUCCGUUUUUUUUUUUUUUAGUUUUUAUUUUGUUUUUAACUUUUAAAAUUUCGGCUUUGACAUUUGUAUUAAUUGAAUAAGAAAUGAAUCGAUCUGUUACUGCCAACAUGUAGCUCUUCGAUUGUGUUUUUUUUAAAAAAAUUUUAUUUUAAUGUUUUAUAUAUUUUAUUUUGCUACAAACAACUCCUGUGAUGCCUAGUUUGCCAUGACCAUGUUUUAUGCAACUCUUAUAAAUUUUGAUGUAGGAGAAAGCGAGAAGCCUUCAAUCUUUAGCAGCUCAUUACUUUUUCACUAAUUAUUGAAGCAAAGAAAAUGCACAUGUGUAGGGUUGUUGACUAAGCCAUGAAUUGUCAGGCAUUGACCUAGGAAUGUAAACAAUUAGGAUGAAAUGGCAUAUUGGAAUAAUUUUCUGACUCGACUAUGUUUCUGUCAUGGCUACUUUGGCGUGAAAUUUGUUGGUUCUUUUCUGGCAAUUCGUGGUUUAGUGACUGACUCGAAGUGCAGUUUAAAGACUGAAAUAUGUUUUAAUCGUUUUUGAAAACCAUCAAUUACAGGUGGUCCUCAUUUUGCGAUCUAGCUGCUUUACGAUGGCUUGCACUUACAACCAGCUCUCUCGCGGGGUGGUAAGUGCGAACCGUUGUGGGAAUUGGAGGGAUUCCCUGCUCUGCUGAGUGAGGAGUGUCUGGGGUCUCUAUGGUCUUCUCUGCGUCACACGCUGCACAGAAACAAGGAAGACCAUAGACUUGUCAAACACUCUCUGCCCAAAGGUGCAUGUGUAUGGCUUAAGGAUCCUGUCAUAUGCUAAAGGUAGGGGUGAGUUUUUCUCAUUUUUUUUAUUAUUUUUUUAUACAUGUACUCCCCUUAAAAAUCUUUCUUUUCAAUACUUGAUGAAAGGGUUAAUAUAUAAAAAAAUAUUUAUAGGGUGACCGAUGUCCUUUAAAUUACUAGAUGGGAAAUUGGAGCAAGUUGAAAAAUUUAAGCCAAAAAUAAAAUCAAGAUGGAAAAACGGACUUAUUAUUCCAAUGUGCAGCUACUGUAUUUUGGCCAAAAAGUAGCAAUUCAGUUUCAAAUGAAUUGUUAACUAGUAAAGAAACCAUACAGUGCAUGCCCCCGGUAGUGAAAUGAAGAAAGACAUUUAAAAUUCCAUUUACUAUAGUUGAUUUUAAUACAUUGAUAUAUAUUCACCUUUAUUUUGUUCUCCCCAGGUUCUUGAAGUCCAUGAAAAGUUGGACAGGCCGAUACCAGACAGCUAUGAGGAAGACCUCAGUGAGAAAGAAAAGGCGAUUGUUCGAGAAAUGUGUAACGUGAGUGUAUAUACCAUGUGGAAUGGUUUAAAGGGACACUCCAUUGCCCAAAUAACAAAAAAGUCCCUGUGUUAGGAUAUGUGCCCCAAAUGAAAACUUGAAUGCAUUAAAUUAUACAUUUUUUUUCAUUGAUGGUAUAUCUAAAAAGAAGCUUGCAUAAGCUGCAGUUACCUGGCCUGGAGCCUUUCCAAGCUCUCCCCUUCUAUCCUUUCUGUGGCUGUCCAAUCACAGACUCCCAACGCAGCACAAGGAGAAGUCUUCUCAAGUGCUCUAAACAAUUGCUGCCUCUUGAGUUUAGCUUUACUGAGCUAAACAACCAGGAAGUGACAGGAUGAGUUGUCUGCCUAAACCCAGGGGGUGUAACCAGUAUAACUUAUAAAAGUGUAAAUUUCUACUGAAAGAGAAAGGAAAAAAGGACAGACUCUUCACACAUAAAGCAUUUCAGCAAGCUAAAGUGCUUUAACCCCUUAAGGACACAUGACAUGUCAUGAUUCCCUUUUAUUCCAGAAGUUUGGUCCUUAAGGGGUUAAGGGUCCAGAGUGUUCCUUUAAUGUUUGGUGUGAACUUCCUGAAUCAAAGGGACGUUUUCACUAAUAAUUUAGUGAAUUGAAAAAAUUUUCAAAAAUUGUAGAUUGAAAUAGCCACACUGUGAUUAUAGGGAAAUUGGAGAUUUUAUUUCCCAAUCAGUAAUUACUGCUUACGUUUUGCAAUUCGGUUCUCAAUUCACUGCUACUUAGUUUUUACUCUAUAAAUUCUAAACUGUUUUUCCACCGGGAAUUUGAUUGCUCUAUCAGACAAGUUUCCUGGACUCAUCCCUUCUUCUUGCCGAUGGGCAAUACAUGAAAAGAGAAUGAAUAGAAUACAUUAGUUCCUGGGUUGAAACCCAUUUACAGAAAACAGUUGUUCUAGACCACCUCCAUGAUUAAGGAAUUAAUUUCCAUUUAACAGCAUUUGUAUGCUAUAUGCUGUGGUGCAUCACGUUAUCAUGUGCUGCCUAUCCACAUAAAGAAGUGAUUUGUGUCCCUGAAAAAUGGAUGAUAGAGAUGCAUUUACUUGGCGGAGUGGCAUGAUUGCAAUCCAUGUACUGUGGAACCUCAAUGCUUCUCUAAGAGAAGCAUCUGACUGGGUAAAAUUCACCAAAAUGGAUGACUUCACAAAGUUCAGCUGCGGAGAGGAGACUAGCCUGUGCUGCAAUAAAUGUAAGUUUAAUAGCUCUCUGAUCCUCUUUGUAUUUUAUUUAUUUUUAACAAUAAUUGAGAUGAUUGAGCAAUGAAAAUCCGGCGGCAUGAUCUAUACAUCAAAACUGCUUCAUUAAGCUAAAGCUGGGUUAGCGCUCAGAGUAUCCGUAAAAUAAAUGUAUUUAGAGGUCAGAUGGUGUAAAAUGUGUAUGUAUAUCUAUACAUCAUACAAGAUCCAGCACACUCACUCAUUCACUAAACCGCAAUUUCAAGUGGUUUUUAAUAUAUAUAUAUAUAUAUAUAUAUAAUAAAAUAUUCACUUCAGAGCUAUCUUCGUUCUAUUGCACCUCACCCAUCUCACCCUUUAACAAACCAUCUAUAUGGCUUACCUGAACGUCGGUUUUGGCACGACACAACCGACUAAUUUCAUUCUUGGCCUUUGUCCCCCACUACAAAUAUAUAUAAAUCAUUGCUAAACACAAAUACACACCAGUCAAGUCAUAAGACUUGCUUUUCCCACAGAAAUCUCACUUUAACAGUGCUCUCACUACUGCAAGUGAUUCUGGGUAGGCAUAUGCAAAUGAGCUCAACAAAGAACCAGUCUUAUGGCUUGACUGGUGUGUGCAUUUGUGUUUAUAUAUGUGUGUGUGUGUACAUUUAUCUUGUUCCAUAUUACAUUUUCAGUUGCAUAAAUCGGUGUAAGUAGAUUAUGAACUACCUUAAAAUGUUCUGCAAUAGUUACACCCCCUAUUAUGAAAGUGUUCUUCUAUGGUCAUUCGAACUUUGCACAGUUACAACCAGUGGAAUGUAGGGUUUAGAUUUGGUACUGCUCAGGCACAGAUCACUUCCAUGCAGCCUGCACAGUCUGGUAAUGGAGAUUCCACCUCCGUAUCAGUCAGUUGGCUUUCAUUUGAAACCUAUAAAGGUCACAGUGCCUGGAAAUUAAUUUCUAUAUUUGUUCUCCGGCAGGUGGUGUGGCGAAAGCUGGGUGACGCCGCGAACUCCAAACCAUCCAUCAGACAGCAUCUUUCAGGAAAUCAAUUCAAAGGGCCUUUGUAGGAUCUCCCUUCCUCCUUGAUUUUUAAAGAAAUAAACUUAAGGCAGGUGGUGUACACCACAAAAAAGGCAAACUGUGAACAAUGUAAAUACACAAGCUCACGAACAAUGUGUAAGCGGGAGAUGGACACCAUAUACUGUAUAUAUGUUUAGUCAUUGGAAUAUGAGACUUAAAUAUUUUGUAAUGUAGUUCACUCACUGUACAGAUCCUGUAGAUAAGAAUUAUUAAGAAAACACUAGCCUGUGAACUAGUCUUAAGAUUUUUAAAAAUUGUACAAACAAUUGUUUAUGGAUUACAAUCUUUGUCUUAACAAAAAGACAUAUAAAUGGUUAAAAAAAAAAAGUGAGAGAGAAUAAUGCACUGUUUUGCAUUUUUUUCAUCAAACAAAAAGAUUUUUUUUCCCCCCAUUUUGCUGGAGAGAAGCUGCAUUUAAAAAAAAAAUAUAUAUUUUUUUUUUUUUUUGAGGUCCAAAGCUCUUUUUAAUCAGCCCCGGUAAUCUUCUCCCUUGAUCAAGUGCCAGGAAAUUCCAUAGGUGGUUGGCUCAGUUACUAUUUGCUAGACUCGCAGGUGACCGCAACCUUCUGCACUCCAGAUGUUGUGGACUAUAUCUCCCAUAAUGCUCUUAUCGACACACCUGGGCUAGAGUGACAGAAUACCUUUGAGCCAAUAGAAAGGCCAAGGUAUCGGGCUGCUUUAGAAAUCGUUUCUUAUAACCUUUGAAUCUGUACAGAUAUAAAGUCGAAUUUAAACAAAUUUUAACCUGAGACCUCUAGCAUGCUUGGAAUUAUAGUGCAAUAGCAGCAGAAUGUGACUUGUAGUUUCACCCUGUUCUAAAAUCUACCUCAGAGUAGAGAAUCAUUUGACAUAAAGAAAAGAGAAAAAUUUGUUAAUUAGUGAUAUGUCAUUAGUUGCAAUAUUUAGACCAAAAUAACCAAAUUAGGGAAACUUGUUCAUCGCUCAUUUUGCAGUUUGGCUUUUUUUUCCAGUUUAAUUUUCACGUUUUUGAAUAACAUAACCAUCAAAGUGGCUUUGAUUUAAGCAAUAAUUGGGUUUAUUCACUAAAAUGAGAUUUGCACAGAAUUAACAAGAGGAUUUAAAAUUCUAGGCCAAAAAUUGCAAAGAUUCUCCAGCCCACCUAAUUAUGUCAACCAUUUGCUUUCCCCUUGUCAAUUCUUACCAAACUCAGGUUAAGUAAAUAAAAAUAUAUAACAGGAUUGUUGUGCUUCUUGAAUGUUUUGAGUUUUUGGACAGAAUAUUAUACACUGGAUUAUAUUGUAAUUUGAAGACUUCUUGUAAGCAAUUGUCUCCUUCAGGAUAGAUACAAAAUGGCUGAUUUAGGCGUUGAUUUAAUAUUUUGGAUACGCUUUUCAAAUAAUUUGAUAUUUUUGGACAAACUUUUAAUUUAUAUUUCCCAAAAAUAUCGGAAUAUAAAAUAUAUAUAGAAAGAAAAUAUACCUUUUUUUUUUUUUAAUACUUUCCAAAAUAAUUUUUAAACGUUGUAGCCAAAAAUAUAGAAUAAAUGGAAAACCGUAUCCAAAAAUCUUAAAAUCUGGGCCUUAAUUUGCUUUUCAUGCAAGAACUUGCAUACUCAGAUUCCUGGACUAGUAGUUUGUACAUAGGUAACAGACCUCUUUCGAUAUAGUAUAUCACAUUUAGCCAGUAUAAAAAAAAAUAAAAAAAACCCUGAAAUGUCAGUGUGAGAAGCAUAAGCAGCAUGUAAACUUACUAAUAUCUCUGGCACUGUAUUCAUUAAACACAAAUAGUGCUAAUACAACUCACGCCUGUACGUUGUAAAAUAUAUGUUUUGCUAUAAACAUAUAUUUCCACAGAGCCUGGCGGAACAUUGAUGAAUUCAAAUAAUAGAUUUUACAAUUUUCUCUUUGCACUUCCUCAUUGUUGGCACACAGAUCAGGAAGUGCAGUAAUACAAUGAAGGAAGUUAAGAGUGCACCUGAGAAUGUCUUCCCCCAGCGUGCUGAAAAAUAUUAAUGUAAAUUAAAAUUAUUAGGGUAAUUUACUUACCUCCAAAUUGGACUUGAAUUCGUGAUUGGACACGUUUCAAUUUGUUUAUUAAUUCAAAGUAACGUGGAAAAAAAAAACCUGAGACUUUUUCGAACUGCACUAAAUUAGAUGUCUGCAGGAAAUAACAUGGAAGCUUAAAUCCCUUAUAAAAUAUAGAAUUCAGCUAAACUAAACAAGUUUUUCCUCACCUUUUUGCACCUUUUUUUCAACUUAUUAAAAAAGUAGAGUUUUGUAAUUGGUGAAUAAUACAGUAUGUUACAUUCUUCCCGAUUUUGUAUAAAAAUGUUUACACACACAGGUUUGUAUUUCAAAAUCCUCUUUUCGUGUAUAGGUAUCUUGGCAAUAGUUCCCAACUAACACAUGUCUUCUGAAAUGGCUGUCUGUAAUCCAGAAGCCAAGUUUUUCAUUGAUUUGUACAGAUGGAGGAUGGAUAUAUAUUUUGUAAUAAUGUUGUAAUAGAAUAUGCAGAAUCUGAGAGAAACUAUUUUUUUCCUUUGACCCAUUAUGUUCGAGGAUAAAAGAAAAUUUGUAUAUAUUUAUUUCAAAAUGAGGGAUGACUUAGACGGGCAUUAAUUUACCCAUGAAAACGUCUUUUUAUUUUUAAAAAGGACUUUGUAGUUGCUGACACACAUCAUUAGCAGAUAGUUACAUAUCAAAGAUUUUCUUGUGAAGAGCACACACUGUAUAAAGAGGCACAGUCUGUGACAUUGGUUAGUUAGAGACAAAGAUCAGCCUGUUUCUAUGGAAUUCACUUUGUUGCCAACUCUGAUAUCUGAUCUUGUGAAACGGUGAGACUGGAAAAGAACACAGUAUGCGAUGCCCACAACUGCCUCUGUUAUAAAAGCUAUUGUUUACUUGUAUAAAAUUUAAAUAAAUAUACUCUUCUACAAUAAA